GAGCAAAGCAAACACCGGAAGUUUGUGUGUUGUGUGCGCUCACCACAUUGUUCCCCCAAGGUGAUUGAUAAGUUAGCUAAGAAGGUAACAUGGCGAGUGCAAUAUGGCGAAAUUUAAAGCGGAAUAAGACUUUCCGGUACGGGGUGCCUAUGAUGGUAAGUCAGAUUUAAGUGAGCCAAGAGUGUGUGUGUGUGAGCUGUGUGUGAGGUCAGUGUGAGCUCAGCGAGCUGUGUGUGAGGUCAGUGUGAGCUCAGUGUGAGCUCAGCGAGCUGUGUGUGAGGUCAGUGUGAGCUCAGCGUGAGCUCAGCGAGCUGUGUGUGAGGUCAGUGAGCUGUGUGUGAGGUCAGUAUGAGGUCAGUGAGCUGUGUGUGAGGUCAGUGUGAGGUCAGCGAGCUGUGUGUGAGGUCAGUAUGAGGUCAGUGAGUAGUGUGUGAGGUCAGCAAGCUGUGUGUGAGGUCAGUAUGAGGUCAGUGAGCAGUGUGUGAGGUCAGCAAGCUGUGUGUGAGCUGUGUGUGAGGUCAGUGAGCUGUGUGUGUGGUCAGUGAGCUGUGUGUGUGGUCAGUGAGCUGUGUGUGAGGUCAGUAUGAAGUCAGUGAGCUGUGUGUGAGGUCAGCGAGCUGUGUGUGGUCAGCGAGCUGUGUGUGAGGUCAGUAUGAGGUCAGCAAGCUGUGUGUGGUCAGGUCGAGCUGUGUGUGAGGUCAGUGUGAGGUCAGCAAGCUGUGUGUGAGGUCAGUAUGAGGUCAGCGAGCUGUGUGUGAGGUCAGUGAGCUGUGUGUGAGGUCAGUAUGAGGUCAGUGAGUAGUGUGUGAGGUCAGCAAGCUGUGUGUGAGGUCAGUAUGAGGUCAGUGAGCAGUGUGUGAGGUCAGCAAGCUGUGUGUGAGCUGUGUGUGAGGUCAGUGAGCUGUGUGUGUGGUCAGUGAGCUGUGUGUGUGGUCAGUGAGCUGUGUGUGAGGUCAGUAUGAAGUCAGUGAGCUGUGUGUGAGGUCAGCGAGCUGUGUGUGGUCAGCGAGCUGUGUGUGAGGUCAGUAUGAGGUCAGCAAGCUGUGUGUUUGGUCAGUAUGAGGUCAGCAAGCUGUGUGUGAGGUCAGUGUGAGGUCAGCAAGCUGUGUGUGAGGUCAGUAUGAGGUCAGCGAGCUGUGUGUGAGCUCAGCGAGCUGUGUGUGAGCUCAGCGAGCUGUGUGUGAGGUCAGUAUGAGGUCAGUGAGCUGUGUGUGUGGUCAGUGAGGUCAAGCGAGCUGUGUGUGAGGACAGGGAGCUGUGUGUGAGGCCAGCGAGCUGCGUGGCUGCAAGAUUCAGCUUGUUAUUCCUGGACACACAACACUCCUAUAUGCUGAUUGUCAACACCACAAAAGUUCUGCCCUAUUGUAUGUACAAUUUAUAUGCUACAGAGUGGAAGCCAAAUUUAAAUAGGCUAAGCUUCUUCGGGCUGCAGAUAGGUUUUUAGCACCUAUCGUACACAGACCGACAUACAGAUACACACACAAAUAUACACACAAUAACAGACAUACAGAUACACACCCACAGACAGACAUACAGAUAGACACACACACACACACACACAGACUGACAGAUAUACACACAAUGACAGACAUACAGCUAUACACACACUGACAGACAUAGACAUACUUAUACAAAACACACGAACAUAGAUACACACACACUGACAGACAUACUUAUACAGAACACACAAACAUAGAUACACACACUGACAGACAUACAGAUACACACAGACAAGCAGAUAAACACAGUCAUACAGAUACACAACACACACUGAUAGACAAGCACAUACAUACACACACACAAACACACACACAGAGACAAACAUACAGGUCAGUUUCUUACCUUUUGGGUGCUGGAGGGUGGAUUCCCUUGUAUCCAUUCUGCAAGUUGAGGAUGUUGGGAAUUUGGGGCUGGCUCUUGCAGCCUGCAUCCCCUCCUCUCCUUCCUUCUCAUCUUUGAUCCCUCCCUCCCUCUGCUGUUCUAGUCUCUCCCGACCUGGCCCCCCCUUGCAGCCUCCUCCCCCCUCGUGCCCGGCUCAUGUCUCUGGGAGGAAGUGACUCUCAGCACUCAGUUCCUCCAAUGCUGCCGAUAAGCAAUGGACCUGGUUGCGCUGUUAAAGUGCCACCAGCGACCGACCAGGCCCCUGCUCACACAUGCCCAAGUGCAUGGGCCACCCAAUGGGACUCCGUAUGUUGUUCAGGCCUGAGCUACAGGGAAGCUGUUUUCAAGAGCUGAUGGCAUGAAGACGUGACUUUUAAAAUAGGGUGCCGUGUUUAAGAUCUGUUGCUUUCUUUUGUGGCAACCCAGGCACAACUGGCAAGCUAAGGUUUAGGGAGUGAGUAUAAAGCGGCACUGUCACACUUUAUGAAAUACUAAUUUUGGCUGUGUUGGAAAUUCACUGAUAUUCUAACCCAGUCAAGAAAGUUAGGAUUAUGCCUGACACUUCUAGGCACUGGGUCGAGCAACCGCCUUCUAGAAGUGUCAAUCCCUCCUACGGCUGCAGGGAUUUUCUUUGUCUAUGGAGGAUCCCGCGAUCUCACAGGAUCCUCCAUAGACCUUAAUGCUGUACUCUCGCGAAAAGGACUCGCUGGAGGAAGAUGACCGCAACCACGAAGGACAGGUUCAAGUGUGUAAACCUCAUCGAUGUCACCAUUGGGGAGUGUGAUAAACGCUCCUUACCUUGGACGUUUUUCACGAACUCCUAGAGGAGCCUGCUAGCUAGCCUCCUGCCAAGGACUAUGGGCCACAUACAAAAACCCUGUUCGGGGUUAAAUCUCCACAGCCUCCAUUACCAGCUUUCCAUGGGUGCCCCUGGUUUGGCACUUUCUCUUCAUUCGAAUGGAUCCAAACAUGAGCUCCCUGGCGGCCGUUCGUAUGAAGAAACCCACGAAUUGUCCUCAGCGGUACUUGACCGCGAUUGUUAUGGAACUAAAUUCAUCAUGAGGACUUGUGGGUUCCCGGUCACCUCAGCGGGACUUAGCUGCGAAUGUUAUGGAACUGUUUGCAGCAUGAGGUGACCGUGCGGCCCCCGGACAACAUGGUCCAGGGUUUUAAACGACCUUGAAAUCCGCCAGGAGAGCGCUUUUUGGAAGAAAGGUGCCCAAGACUAAGGGGAACAAACGCUACCCGAGACCCAGGCAGAGCACCCCGUAUUGCGGCCACAGGAGCUCCUGAAAGUUGACCAGCCAAACCACCAAACACCCUGAAACUGUUUUGGGCAUAGGACCAUGUGUGCGGCCGGUCAGAAUUUUGACACGGUGGCGUUUCCCCUAUACUGCAAGGAUCUGAGCGCUUUUUGGAGGGAAGCUGCACGAGACUAAGGGGAACAAAGCGACCUAGCAGCCAGCCGGAGCACCCUGUAUUUCAGCCACAGGAGCUCCCAGAAGUUGACCGGCAAAAGCACCAAAGGCCCUGGAACUGUUUUGGGCAUAGAACCAUGUGUGCGACCGGUCCGAACUUCCACACGGUGGUGUUUCCCCUACACUGCAUGGAUCUGAGAGCUAUUUGGAAAACUUGGGCGCUCAGAUCGGAACUAUUUAACGAGAUAUUAUUUGUGGGUGCUUCUAUUUGUUUUGUAUGUAUUUUUUAUGUAUCACACUGACACAGGAAUUUGUGGACAUUUUGUGGGAGUGUUCUGGGCGUCUUUUAUUGCAUCCUUUUUUUUGUAUAUAAGUGGGCCAGUUGGCCAGAUUAAACACAUUUGUUUCUUCCCUUCAUCAAGUCUAGGCUGAUGUUUGAGGAAUUGGGAGCUAUAAUCACUGCUUCACUAGGGAUCUGGGAGAACUACAGCGGAUAUACUCAGUCGGAGUAUAGGGGAUCCGUUACAUUGGUGGCAAGUGGCGGGAUCUUUCUCUCAAAUGAAUAUCCCAAACCAGGAAGUCCAGUGAAGGGCCAACAGUGUCCCUGUCUGAAGAGGAACUCGGGAAAUGGAGCGAACUAGCCCCCGGGCAGCCUCCCGAUAUGAGGAAAAGUUCCAAAGGAGACUACAGAACGCCUUUUCCCCGAGGCAUACCGGGCGCUACUGUGGUACUCAGUCCAGAGGGGUCCUUGGAUGACUGAUGGCGAUACUCCAGAGGGAGACUACUACGACGGCCCUGGACUGCUAUGGGAGGCAUUGGAGGAAGAGAGUGACUUUGGUAGCACAGCAGAGUCUCGGUAUUGGGACAUCUGGGAACACCGAGUGGAUACAGUUGAGCUCCCUGAUACGGGGCUGGGACCAGAUACCACCCGUCUGGUCAUGGUUGAAUGGGAAGUGGAGCAAGACUACCAAAACCUACUAGACUCGGUUCAGCAGCAGCAAGCAUCCCUGGGAGUGGAGAUAGUCGGUCUCACUACCCAGCACCAGGCAGCGUCACAUGGAGAGGAGGUUGUCAGUCAAUCAUUCCAGCAGCAGCAAGCAUCCCUGGGAGUGGAAAUAGUCGAUCUCACUACCGAGCACUAGGCAGCGUCACAGGGAAUGGAGAUUGUUGGUCCCUCAUCCCUGUAGCAGCAAGCAUCCCUGGGAGUGGAAACAUAGAAACAUAGAAUGUGACGGCAGAUUAGAACCAUUCGGCCCAUCUAGUCUGCCCAAUUUUCGAAAUACUUUCAUUAGUCCCAUGCCUUAUCUUAUAGCUAGGAUAUAGUCGGUCUCACUAACUAGCACCAGACAGCAUCACAGGGAGAGGAGACAGUCGGUCUCACUCCCCAGCGGCAGUGUACCAGGCAGGCAGAGGAGUUAACUGGUCUCUCUCCCCAGCGGCAGCCAGAGUUACAAGGAGAGAUUUUCGGUCCCUCUCCCCAGCAGCAGCAAGGGAACCUUCAGAAUAAUGCCCAAAAUGACAUUAUUCAUUAUUUUUUAUAGAUGUCUCUUUACAGGAAGUGUUUAGGAAAGCUAUGUAAGUCACUUGCACAGGGGUGUGACUAGGGCUGCAUAAACAAAGUGAUUUAACUCCGAAAUGGCAGAGAAUUAAGCAAUGAGACUGCAGGUACAUGAUCUAUACACCAAAACCACUCAAUUAAGCUAAAGUUGUUAUGGAGCCUAUAGUAUCCCUUUAAUUUUAAUAGGGAGUGGCUAGGGCCUUAUGAACACCUAGGCACUGGGGAGGGGUGGACACUGGUAUGUACACCUAUAUAUAUAUUUUAUUGGUGGUCCACAUCUGUUGACUAUGGAUGGAGGGUGAAGGGGAAGACUAGCCAUCCCCUAUAAAGUUAUUUUUUACCUUUUUAAUGUGGCAGCCAAUUAGCAAUUGCUGACUAGUCGUCACAUGGUUAAUCGUCUCGCUUCCAGCAUCAUAGUUUUGAUAUUUUUCAGCCACACCAAACAUUGCCAGAUUGCUGAAAUCUGGUCCCAAAUUAUUUCACUAUCGGUUACAGGUCUAACCAAGCGCUGCCUGGCCAGCACUUUCUAUUCUGCUGCCACAUUUAAAAAAGUUAUAAAUAAGUCUAUGGUGGUCAAUAUGACUUCCAUAUUACCUUAAGGGUUUUUUUAACAUCACUUAUGUCCCCACCUGCCAUUGCUGCACGUAGCAGCUAGAAAGGAAAAUAAUAUUGGGGACCUGGUCCCUCCACCCGAGUGCCUAGAAUAGCACCGUUCGGUACAGGGCUGUUCAGAGUUUAGAUAAUAACACGGUUAGAGUUUAAGUCAAGGUACAUUUUUGAGUUUAUUUAGACUCUUCAACAGUUGAACGGUUAUAGUCAAUGGUGGCUUGUCCGUGGGGCACUUUCUUGAUUAUUAAUGUCAUAAAUAAAAAAAUAAUAAUAAUAAUAAACCACUUCCAUUGUAUAACUUGCGUAGAGGUAGGCAACCUUUGACACUCCAGGUGUUGUGUUAAACAUCUCUCAUAAUACUCUUUUAUACAACAUCUAUACAACAUUUGGCGUGCAGAAGAUUCCCUACCCCUGACCUAUAGCAAAGGGGUAACUUGCCACUUUCCAUUACAAAGGGCAAGCAUACACCGUACACUGCUGGACUAUAAUUCCCCCUCCUUUUCUUUCACCAUAUCUCAAACUGACUCGAUGAUAAUGAGUGGUGGAUGUCUCGAUAAGCUCCAGAUAGCAUCUGGGCAUAUGCGAAAUUUGACCAGUCUGAAAGCCCUGAGACAUUCUCAGUCGGCUCCUAGUGUUGAUAUAUGAAAGGCCCAUUUAUUUUCCAGUAUUGUACCUGAGCUGGACGUCCCAUGCAUAAUAGAUUUAAAAAAAAAAAAAAAAAAGUCUUAUUUUUAUUAUAUUUGUUGUUUUUAAUAAAAAAAAUAUUCUGUGUCAUCCAAUAGCAAUACUCUGUGUUUCUUGAAAGUGUGUACCCCAGUUCCAGCACUGGUUGUUGAAAAUGUGUUUUCCAAUACUAGCUCUUGUGAACCUGCUGACAAUGUGUCCCUUAAUCCCAGCACUAUAUGUGUCUGUUAAAGCAUAUUUUGAGAUUAUCCAAGUACAUUAUCAGUAUUGUUUUGUGUUCUCAAGUCUUCUAUUUUUAUCACUUUCAGUGCAUGAGGUUUGCCACUAACUUAGAUUCUCCCUCCCCCACCCCCCCCAAGAUGAUCAGGAGGUGGGUUUCUAAAGAGAGAGGUUGGAGUCAAAUUUAGCGAAUCUCGUACCCCACUAUCUUACAACUUCACCAGCAGCUACUAGUUAUAGCCUAGUCUAGUGUGGGAAAUGUUACUAUACUGCCCAGCAAAUAUACAUAGACACAAUAUUAAAACCACUGACAGGUGAAGUGAAUAACAUUGAUUAUAUUGCCACAAUGUCACCUGUAAAGGGGUGGGAUAUAUUGGGCAGCAAAUGAACAGUCAGUCCUAGAAUUUCAUGUGGCAUAAAAAUGCGCAAGCAAAAAGAUCUGAUGAACUUUCACAGAGGCCAAAUAAUGUUAGCUGGAUAACUGGGUCAGGCCAUCUCAAAAACAACAAGUCUUGUGGGGUGUUCCUGGUAUGCAGUGGUUAGUACCUACCAAAAAUGAUGCAACACCACUGCUGUUUGCUGCGUAUGGGGCAGCGUAGCCAUAAACCAGUCAGAGUGCCCAUGAUGAACCCUGUCCACAGCCAAAAAGCCACCAAUGGGGAUGUGAGUGUCAGAACUGGACCAUGGAGAAAUCGAAGAAGGUUACCUGAUCUAAUGAAUCACAUUUUCUUUUAGAUCAGGUGGAUGGCCAGGUGCUGUGUGCGUUUUUUACCUGGGCAAGAAAUGUCAGCAGGAAGCAGUAUGGGAAGAAGGCAGGCCGACAGAGGAAGUGUUAUGUUCUGGAUAAUGUUCUGCUAGGAAACUUUGGGUUCUGGCAUUCAUGUGGAUGUUACUUUGACACAUACCACCUACCUAGAGAUUGUUGCAGACCAUGUACACCAUGGCUAUGGUGUUCCCUGAUGGCCAUGUCCUCUUUCAGAAGGAUACUGCUCCCUGCCAAACUGCAAAAAAAAAUUUCAGGAAUGGUUUAAGAACAUGAGUAAGAAUUUAAGGUGUAGCCUUGGCCUCUAAAUUCCUAAGAUCUCCAUCCGAUUAAACAUCUAUGGGAUGUGAACAAGAAAUCUAAUCUAUGGAGGCCCCAUCUUGCAACUUGCAGAACUUAAAUAACCUGCUUCUAAUGUCUUUGUGCUAGAUACCACAGGACAUGUUCAGAGGUCUUGUGACUCGAUGCCUCGAUGCAUCAGAGGUGUUUUGGCAGCACGAGGGGGGCCUACACGAUAUUAUGUAGGUGGUUUUAAUGUUGUGUGUGUGUGUGUGUAUUAUAUGCAGUCCAUUAAGAAAGUAUUCAGAUACCUUCACAUUUUUUUUCGCAGAUUUUUAUAUUUCAGUAUUGUGCUACGGUUGUUUUAUUUAUUUUUUAUUCACAUCAAUCUGCACUCAAAAUACCACAAUGACAAAGCAAAAAAAAAAAAAAACAACAGAUUUUUUAAACUUGUUCAAGACUAUUACACUUAAAAAAAUUGAAAUAUCACAUUGACAUAAGUAUUCAAACACUUAGUUGAAGCACCUUUAUCAGCGAUUACAGCCUCAAUGGUUUUUGGGUAUGAUUCAACAAGCUUUGCAACUUGGAGGAAGACAAGCUAAAUUUCUGUAUUUCUGUGUGUAAAUAAAGUGUGACUUUAUGUAAAGUGGUGUGAGUUUGUGUUUAAGUGACACUGUGUGUUAGUGAUAGUGUGCAAGUAACCCUGUGUGUGUUAGAGUGUGCAAGUGACACUGUGUUAGUGAGAGUGUGCAAGUGACCCUGUGUGUGUUAGUGAGAGUGUGCAAGUGACACUGUGUGUGUAAGUUGGUUAGAGUGUGCAAGUGAUAGUUUGUGUGUAAGUUAGUGAGAGUGUGCAAGUGACACUGUGUGUAAGGGACACUGUGUGGUGGUUAGUUAAAGGGAUUCUGUGUGUGUGUGUGUGUGUAUGUCAGUGAUAGUGUGUGUGUUUUAGUGAGACUGUGAGUGUGUAAGGGACACUGUAUAUUAGUGAGUGUGUGUGUUAGUGAGAGUGUCUCUUUUUUAAUCCAGGGCUUGACAAAUUUGUUUGGAAUAUAGGAGCCAGCUAAAAAAGUUAGGAGCCAGUCAUUUUCAAUGAGAAAGUGCAAUUCUUAAAGGGACACUAUAGUCACCAUAACCACUACAGCUUGAUGUAGUUAUUCUGGUGUCUAUAGCCUUUUCUGUGAAAAGGCAGAGUUUACAUUGCUGCUUACUAACACCUCUAAUGACAGUCACUCAGACGGUCACUAGAGAGUCCUGGGUCACUGCUGCACCAUGUGCAGCACCCAGGUUCAGUGUCUCCAAGCUCUGCAUGGAGGCGCUGAAUGUUCCUCAUAGAGAUUGGUUAAUGUACUGCAUCUCUAUGAAGAGAUGCGGAUUGGUACAUUUGCUGCGCAUGCACAAAAUCCUCCCAAUGCUUUCCUAAGGGAAAGCAUUGCCUUAGCUGAGAUCAUAAAGAUUGAUCAUCUCAGCCAUGGCAAAACUGGCACGGCGUGGGAAAAUGGGAAGAAAGGUGAGUAAAAAACACCUUCCUUAUGCUAUCGGAGGGGGCAGGUACCUAAACGCGCACGCACACACUGACUGGCUCUCUCACACGCACACACUGACAGGCUCACAUACACACUCAUGCUGAUAACAGGCUUGCACACACACACACUCUCUUGACAUGCUCUCUCUCACACACACAUACAGACACUGACAGGCACUCUGACAUGCUCGCUCACUCUGACAGCACACACACACACACACUCUGACAGGCUCUCACACACACACACACAGACACUGACAGGCUCUCUCACACACACACUGACAGCACACACACUCUGACAGACUCACACACACAGUCUGACAGGCUCUCUCACAAACACACACUCUUGACAGACUCACACAGGCUUACACACACACGUUUUUGUUUUAAUUGAAACCCACUCAGCCUCCCUACCUUUUCGAGAGCUGAGUGGGUCUUCCAUGGGGUCCAGUGGGGCUGCACUCUUCCUGUGUGCAAGGUAGCAGUACUCUGCCUGUAGCUCCUCUCUGCUCCCUCACGCUCUGUAAUGAUGCCGGGGCUGAAAUGACGUCAUAUUCCGGCUCCCGACAUCAUUAGACAGCGCGAGGGAGCAGAGAGGCGCUACAGGCAGAGUACUGUUCCCUUGCGCGCCGCCCAUAAUUCUCCCGCGGGCGGCAUCCUCUAUGUACCCAGGGGCGGGCGGCAUCCUCCAUGUACCCGCGGACAGGCGGCAUCCUCUAUGUACCCGUGGGCGGCUUUAAAGCUCCCUCCCACACUUACUAGAGAGCUGACAAAUCCCAGACGCCAGGGCAAAAUCGAGCCCUGUUUUAAUCUAAAUGUGUGCUUACUAUGUCUCUCUCCUAAAUGUCUCCCACUCUCUGUUUCCUAAAUAUCUCAACAGUCUCUCUAUGCUUUCCGUAAAUGUCUCCACAGGCUGUUUCCGUACUUUCUCAUUGUGCUUCUGCUUUCACUUAAAGGGACACUAUAGGCACCAAGACCACUUUAGCUGAUUGAAGUGAUCUGGAUGCACUGUCCCAGGCCCCUCAUCAUGUAAAAGUAAUUAUUGUAGUUUUUAGCAAACUACAAUGAUUACCGUUGAGGGAUAACUCCACCUCUAGUGACCCUUCAUGGGGACGUCCAGCGUCACGCAAAACCCCAUAGGAAAGAAUUGUAUAAUACUUUACCAAUCCUAAUGCAGCCAUUGAGGAGUGAAGGUGGAACCGAGCCAGCGCCGAGGGACAUCAGUGCUGGACCCGGGUAAGUGACAGAAGGUCUUUUUGUUUUGUUUUUUACCCCUUUUGCACCACGAGGUAGGGGCGCUAUAUUGUUUUUCUGGCACUAUAGUUUACCUUUAAUGUCUAGGCAGUGUGUCUCUUUCCCUAAAUGUCUCUUGACUGCAAUUCAGAGUUUACUGAAUAAACCUCUGAGGGAAUGUAGCUGCAUUCAUGACGGGGCGGCAAGAAUCCUUGCACCGGCCCUGCCUGAUUUGGCUAGUUUCUGCCAUUUAUCACUGCGAGUGUCCACUUUUUGAAUCUUCUGUGUUCCUUUAAAAUUAUGUGCAUGUAUACCUCGAAGAAGUGAUGCUGUUUGGAAGGCAAAGGGUGGUCACACCAAAGAUUUUCUUCUUUUCACUUACUUUGCAUUUUGAAUUGAAAAAAAAAGAAACUAUGAAGAUUUCUGUUUUUGAAAUCAAUAGUUCAGUUGUAAAAAGAAAACAUGUACGUACUGUUGUAAAUAGUGUUUUGCUUUUUUUUUUCCCAUCCAGCUAUUAAUCGUGGGUGGUUCUUUCGGCCUGCGGGAAUUUGCCCAAAUACGCUAUGAUGCCCAAAAACAUAAAAGAAGGGUAAGUGUCCUGCCAGUAUGGCUAGCAUUAAUACUGUUUCAGCUACCAGGAAGCCACCGAAUAUGAGGAGGUUUAUAGUCUUAAGCUUUUUACAGAAUUCAUUAAACUACUAAUAGCAGUACAAAUCAUAUUUUUCAAGCCUUUCUAAAGAAUUUUCAUAGAGCUUUAAGCACCCUCUUGUGACUCAAAUAAUUGAAUGUGCGUGCAGAUAAAAAGGAAGUAACUGACACUCAUUGCAAGAGGAAGAUACAUUAAUCUGAUUUUACUGUGUGGGAACAAGUCUUUCAUUCAGCCAACAUCAUUGCUGAUCAUUUACUUUGCUUUACAGUCUUUCUUUAAUAUAAUUUUAAUGUCUGCUAUUUGCCCUCUGCAUUUUAAUAUUUAAUUUUUGUUUAAUGAAUCUAUGAUUUAAUAUUGUCAGUAAGUAAAAGUAAAAUAAAUCUGCAUUUUUGCGCAGAUAAGUCUGCUUGUUGAAGAAUCAUGUAGGUGAAAAGGAGCCCAAGUAAUCAAGGUCAACAAAAAGUAAUGAAAGUAAAUCUACAUCCAUAUAAGGAGAAAUUAAGAUUUGUUGUUGUGUUUGGUUUGUUUCAGGCAAUUGUGUAGCUGUGAUUUGAGAUUUGUAAGUUUAACAUUCUUUUCAUGGAUAAAUGUAUCACAUCAAAGUCCAUUGUUCGUACUUCUGAAACAUAAUCCUAGGACUCUGCUUGUGGUGUGGUUCAUUCAGUCAAAACAGUGUGCCCAUUCUUGACAGUGUCCCUUACUGUUAGGGUAAUUUAUUUGACUGACUAAACCAACUGUAACUCAUGUAGGAUCUUGGAAUUAUUUCUAGAUGACUGUUGGGGACCUUGUAAUAGAUCCUGUCUGUUUGGGUGCUCCAUUUGGAGAGCCUCUCCGUUUAUUACAUUUUGUUCUAUUAAAGGAACAUUCUAAGCACACUUUAGUAAUUUUGGUACCAGAAGUGCCGUAAUGUAAGUAGUCAAAUUGCUUGUUAACGGUUUGACUUCUUACAUGGGGUCCGCCCGGUGCUCUGAACUGGCUCCUCACUGCAGAACUUCCAGAGAGCUAAUGGACGCCCCUAGUAAGAGCUUCUGACUCUCAAUGGUUGCAGAGAGUCGGGGAGCAACGCCCAGUUGAAACAUUAUCUUAAUAUACAGGUGAUACUCGAAAAAUUAGAAUAUCGUGCAAAAGUUCAUUUAUUUCAGUAAUGCAACGUAAAAGGGGAAACUAAUAUAUGAGAUAGACGCAUUACAUGCAAAGCAAGAUAGUUCAAGCCGUGAUUUGUCAUAAGUGCGAUGAUUAUGGCUUACAGCUCAUGAAAACCCCAAAUCCACAAUCUCAAUAAAUUAGAAUAUUGUGAAAAGGUGCAAUAUUCUAGGCUCACAGUGUCCCACUCUAAUCAGCUAAGUAAGCCAUAACACCUGCAAAGGGUUUCUGAGCCUUUAAAUCGUCUCAGUCUGGUUCAGUAGGAAUCACAAUCAUGGGGAAGACUGCUGACCUGACAAUUGUGCAGAAAACCAUUAUUGAAAGCCUCAAAAGGUAAUUGCGAAGGAAGUUGGAUGUUCCCAAAGUGCUGUAUCAAAGCACAUUAAUAGAAAGUUAUGUGGAAGGGAAAAGUGUGGAAGAAAAAGGUGCACAAGCAGCAGGAAUGACCACAGCAUGGAGAGGAUUGUCAGGAAAAGGCCAUUCAAAUGUGUUGGGGACUUUCACAAGAAGUGGACUGAGGCUGGAGUCAGUGCAUCAAGAGCCACCACACAUAGACUGAUCCUGGACAUGGGCCUCAGAUGUCGUAUUCCUCUUGUCAAGCCGCUCCUGAACAACAAACGUCGUCAGAAGUGUCUUACCUGGGUGAAGUUUCCACAUUCUGUGUUGAUUUGGGGAGCCAUGUCAUCUGCUGGUGUUGGUCCACUGUGCUUCAUUAAAGGACCACUAUAGUGCCAGGAAAACAUACUUGUUUUCCUGGCACUAUAGGGUCUCUAGGUGUCCCCCCCCACCCUCAGGGUCCCCCUCCCGCCGGGCUCUCUCGGCACAGGGAACUCUCCUCCUCCUUUUCGCCAUCAUCAGCUGAAUGCGCAUGCAUGACAAGAGCUGCGCGCGCAUUCAGCCAUUCCAUAGGAACGCAUUCUAAAUGCUUUCCUAUGGACGCUGGCUUCGUCUCACUGUGAAAGUCACAGUGAGAAGCGCGGAAGCGCCUCUAGCGGCUGUUAAUGAGACAGCCACUAGAGGCUGGAUUAACCCUAUUGUAAACAUAGCAGUUUCUCUGAAACUGCUAUUUUAACAGCAGAAAGGGUUAAUCCUAGAUAUACCUGGCACCCAGACCACUUCAUUAAGCUGACGUGGUCUGGGUGCCUAUAGUGGUCCUUUAAGUCCAGGGUCAACGCAGCCGUCUACCAGGAGAUUUUGGAGCACUUCAUGCUUCCCUCCGCAGACUAGCUUUAUGGGAAUGCUGACUUCAUUUUCCAGCAUGACUUGGCACCUGCCCACACUGCCAAAAGCACCAAAGCCUGGUUCAAUGACCGUGGGAUUACUGUGCUUGAUUGGCCAGCAAACUCGCCUGACCUGAACCCCAUAGAGAAACUAUGGGGCAUUGCCAAGAGAAAGAUGAGAGACAUGAGACCGAACAAUGCAGAAGAGCUGAAGGCAGCUAUUGAAGCAUCCUUGUCUACCAUAACACCUCAGCAGUGCCACAGGCUGAUAGCUUCCAUGACACGCCGCAUUGAGGCAUUAAUUGCUGCAAAAGGGGCCCAAACCAAGUACUGAGUCCAUAUGCAUGCUUAUACUUUUCAGAGGUCCGAUAUUGUUCUAGGUAUACUCCUUGUUUUAUUGAUUGCAUGUAAUAUUCUAAUUUACUGAGAUUGUGGAUUUGGGGUUUUCAUGAGCUGUAAGCCAUAAUCAUCGCACUUAUGACAAAUCACGGCUUGAACUAUCUUGCUUUGCAUGUAAUGCGUCUAUCUCAUAUAUUAGUUUCCCCUUUUAAGUUGCAUUACUGAAAUAAAUUAACUUUUGCACAAUAUUCUAAUUUUUCGAGUAUCACCUGUAUCAUACUUAUUGAGAAAUACUUUUCUGCUCCGCAUAAUUAAGCGAAUUCUUAAGGUUUGGGUGAGAAUUGUUCUUUAAAGAUCAAUUUUUUUAAAAUUUUUUCUUAAAGAAUCAUUUUAAUAAAGGUUUUGUAGAGAGAUAGUGAUACCGGAGAAACUGACGGAAGCAAAGCACAGAGGGAUGGACACAGGUUUCUUCAGGAAGGAAGAGAUUCUUUAUUGGAUCACCGAUCGGGACUCAGAGGGACUAAUGUCACCAAAAAUACAGCAAGUUCUGAGCCCUGAACAAUAGUGCAGGCUCCCUAUAUAGGCACAUAACUCCUCCCAUAUUAAGCUCCACCCGCACAUUCUCUUGACCAAUCAUUACAAAUAAGAAUUAACUUCCUGCUUGACCGCAUGGCUUGUCCAGCACAAUGGAGGAGGGGAAUACUACAUCCUGUAUUCUUGCACAUGCUCCGUACACUACUGAUCGUAUCUUGCCUCGUGCAACCAACUGAUCGAUACGUCAGCAUAUGCACGUACACAUGCCACGUGGUAAUCUCGGCCUACUAAAUUUAUUUUUACCGAGAUUCCACCACAAUAGCAUUGCAUAUUAGGUGAAAGGGUUGUGUAUUUAUAAAAGUUGUACAGCUACUGUGGAUUCUAGUAGCCUGCAUCCAAGAAUAGUAGUAGAAGUAUAUGUAUCCCCUGGAAUGCGCAGCUGAUCUUGUAUCUACAGAAUGUUACAAACCAUUAGCAUUACAUUUUAACAGCAGACUUUAAACAAGGGGGGACAUUUGAUAAAGCUUAUACCCAGAAAAAGGAGAGGCCUCUGGAGCAACAAACUGCUAUGUUAACUUUCACAUGGCAGAAAGUGGGGAUAUUGGCCUGUCACAGACCGCUAUACCAGGUGUGGAAUAAUAUGGAAAUGAGGAUGGUGGUCCAAUUAAUGAACCAGAUCUGGAGCAGUCUAGUGUAUGUUGAUGCACAGGUGUCUGUGCAGAUAGGGUGAAGGGAGGCUAUUGUACAUGCGCAGCAAAUCUCCACGCUGCGCCAUUCAAAUGCUAUCUAUAAGCAGCAUUUAGUUGAGAACCGAGUUUGACUCGGUUUUCAACGCAGAAGCGCCUCUAGUGUUCAUCUCAAUGACAGCCUGUAGAGGUGUGUUAGUUAAACCUGCAAUCAUAACUUUGUCGUAUCUACUAAAUGGCAAUGCUUUAUAUUGUAGGGUUAAAACCAAAGAUCCACCAAGACGGUUUCAUUAAUAUGACGUGGUCUGGGUGCCAUUAGUGAUCCUUUAAUAAAAAAAUAAUGGUGUAGCUAAAAACAUACACUCUUUGAUUUUAAUAUUAGUAGUAGUACUUCUGGUAUUUAUACUAAACCAGCAAAUUCAACAGCACUAAAAUAUAGUUUAUACAAAACACAAAAAAUGGGUAAGUGGCGCUAAACAGUAUAUAGAUAUAAAUAUAUAUAAAUAUAAACAAUAUAUCCCAGUGUGUCUAAAACCAAACCAGUGUUUUAGUCAUCAUUUACAUAAAUACAGUUGGAUAAAAGAAGAGGAGGUUUUGCGCACACAGUGGAUAAAUGGUAGUAAAAUCUGUAAUAUAUAAAAGACUAUCAUAGGGCAAUAUGCAUAUAACCAGUAUAAAAUGUAAAAGUAACUUGGAGCACUCACAAUCUAGAGAGCCAUAUAAGUCGGCUCUCUACUAUAAUAGCGUGUAGAAUACUCCAGAAUCGAUGCCGUGAUUGAGAUGGUCCCCCAGGAACAGAAGUCAAAAUCCGUCUGGAUAAAAUCAGGAACCAAAAUAAAUUGUAAAAUAAAUACUUUAUUAAAAUAAAAGAUGAAUAAGCACAAUCAUUAUAUUAUAUAUUACAGAUUUUACUACCAUUUAUCCACUGUGUGCGCAAAACCUCCUCUUCUUUCAUCCAACUAAAAUAUGGUUUAAUUGCAGUAUUAAAGAACGGCAACAGGCUAUAUAUUUAUUAGAAUAAGUACAUGUGAGUAUUAAUGCUUUUGUUCUAUAUAGGUAAAGGUAGAGAUGUGUAUUAUUAUUUAAACUACUCCCAGGUUAGAACUACUCUUUCAAAUUUGUGUAUGAAUUGUAUCACAUUUCUCCAGACGGUGGCAAUGUUCUACCUUUCUCUCUGUUCACUCAUGCGCAUAGAAUAUUGAAGGAUCGGAAGGUUUAGUAAAAAAAUAAGAAUUUAGCAAGUGUCAGAUGAGAUGCAGUGGGCUCAUUACUGUUGGACCAAGCUUUAUAUUUAUUGGUUUAUGCAAUAAUCCUUUUUUAGCUUUGAUGCUGCUGUUUUCUGUUUUACCAACAUGAAAUUUGAAUUACAUAAUGAGUAGAAUCAAAAAGCCAUUUAAUUGCCUAGAGAACCCCUUAAAGGGACGCUUUUGCUUCAUGAAUGACAAAUGUAUGAUUUAUUGACCAUAUCCUUUUUGAACAGCCUUCUGAUACAAGUAAUACCAAAUAGGUAUCACUGCUGAGCAUUCUGUUGAAGACAGUCUUUUACUCUGCUUCACUAGACACUAUCCAUAGUACAUACCUAUCCUGAAAUGAAGAACACAGUGUAACAGAUGUUCAGUCCAGGACAGUUUUUGCAUGAGCAACUAGUUCAUGUAAAAAAUUGAAUACCUCUUCAUCACAACUAAGAUUUGAAUUAGCCUUCCUUGUUCUAACAGUCUUGUUUUCUCAUGCACUCAUCUUGUGUGGAAAAGUUUACAAUGGUAUAUAUGUUUGUUGAACCCUUCUUGAGAGAUGAGCAGUAUGUCUCUGACAGUCUUUUUCACAUACAGAAACCAUAAUGAGAGCUGCAACACCAAUUUUAUAGGGACAUUUUAAUUCCAUCAUCUAGCGUAAACCUGUGAAUGUCUUUGUCACUUUACAAUUGAAGAUGUUGCAACUCUUUUAUUGUUGACUAUUGAGGACUUAGAACUUGGUAUUGGAUUGCUGUACUCAGUUUUUUUCAAAUGGCAACGGAUUUAUCUGUUUUUUUUUCUCAAAUCCAAGUUACUUCAAACAUGAAUGGCUGAAAUAAAAUUUAAAGGAGCGUAGAGUCCCAUUCUUGUAUCCCCUCCACUGCCGACAGCCUACGCCAGGGGUAGGCAACCCAUGGCACGUGUGCCAUGCACGGCACUCAAGGUGUCUUUGUACCGCGCUCAAGGCUAGGGAUCGACUGAUAUUGAUUUUUUUCAAGCCGAUACCAAUAAUCUGUGAACUUUCAGGCCGGGAGUGGCUAAAAGCUUCUGAGGGCUGGGCGAUUUGUCUGCUUUUAAAUGUCUAUUCAUAAAUCCAUUGCAAGCACGCCAUACGUGCACUUGAAACAGUAAUAAAGACCAGUGAUUUCCACCUGGACAGUGUAUUCAUGCAUGUCAGGUAGUGAUUCGCCGAACGGUUCGCCGCGGACUCAUCAUUGAGUAAACUUUGACCCUGUACCUCACAGUCAGCAGACACAUUCCAGCCAAUCAGCAGCAGACCCUCUCUCCCAGACCCUCCCACCUCCUGGGCAGCUCACUAAGAAUGCAGCUUCAAAAUGGAUGCUGUCCAGGAGGUGGGAGGGUCUGGGAGGGAGGGUCUGCUGCUGAUUGGCUGGAAUGUGUCUGCUGACUGUGAGGUACAGGGUCAAAGUUUACUCAAUGAUGAGUCAGCGGCGAACCGUUCGGGACAUCACUAAUGUCAGUAUGUAGCUAGUUAUGUGUGAAUGUGGUUAAUUAGGUGUGAGAGACUGGCUUAAAAGAACACUGCAAGCACCAUAACCACCUCCACUUGCUGUAGCGGUUAUGGUGAUAGGAGUGCCCUGGUUCUCCUCCAUUGUAAGUACUUACCUGGAGUAUGCUGGGCUUCUCUGUACCUCAACUACUAACUCCAAAGAGCUUGAAAUUCCUAGGCUGGAACUUACAUGGGCUCUCCUGAGCUAACCCACGCAGUGGAUGAAUUGAUUUAGGAGAGCUAACACAAUUUUCUGUAAAAGAACUUCCAGCUCUCUGUUGUCAGUAGUGAACUCAGGGAAUGGAGCCCAGUGGACCCAAGGUAAAAAAUCAACCUUUUCUAAAAUGGUUUCACUAUUUAAAAUGGCGGGAGGAGGGUAACCAUGAUACUCCUGGCACCACAGCAACUACAGUGAGCAGUAGUGGUUUUGGUGCUUGGUUUGAGGAAACACUCUAAGCACCAAAACCACUACAUAUUAACGUAGCAGCUUUGAUGCAUAGAUCUUAGGCAAUGUAAACAAUGUAAAACAUCCAAGAAACACCAAUGUUUUCAUUUGCCAGAGAACAUGUCUCUAGUGCAGUGAUGGCGAACCUUUUUGAGCCCGAGUGCCCAAACCGUAAUACAUGCCAAUUUUUUUCCCUCAAAGUGCCAAAACGGCAUUUAAACCUGAAUACUGAGGUUUAAGUUUAGAAAAAACAACUCAUACAGUUGUCCGAACUAAUUAACAUCUCUGUGUGUGUAUUAAGCAGUUUGUGUGUGUGCUCGGCAGUCUGUCUGUAUGUGUAUUUAACAGUCUGUCUGUGUACUUAGCAGUGUGUCUGUAUUUAGCAGACUGUUGAGUACACAGUCUGCUGAAUACACACACAGACUGCUAAAUACACACACACACAGACUGCUAAAUACACACACACACACAGACAGACUGCUAAAUACACACACACACACACAGACAGACUGCUGAGUGUACACACACAGACAGACUGCUGAGUGUACACACACAGACAGACUGCUGAGUGUACACACACUGCAUUGAGGGGUACAGUGUAUGUGUUUGUGUGUGGAGUGAUGUGUGUGUGGGGUGGUGUGUUUGUGUGUGGGGGGUGGUGUGUGGGGGGGGUGAUGUGUGUGUGUGUGUGUCUUUUUGUGGGGUGAUAUGUGUAGGGCAGGGGUGCUGUGUGUAUGUCGUCCCCCCUCUCCCCCCUCUGUUUUCUUUUCCCCCAUCCCUCCCUCAGUUUUCUCCCCCCAUCUCUCCCUCAGUCUCCUUCUCCCUCCCCCCAUCUCUCCCUCAGUCUCCUUCUCACUCCCCCCAUCUCUCCCGCAGUCUCCUCCUCCCUCCCCCAUCUCUCCGCGGUCUCCUCCUCCCUCCCCCAUCUCUCCAUGUCUCCUCCCCUACCCCCAUCUCUCCGCGGUCUCCUUCUCCCUCCCCAUCUCUCCCUCAGUCUCCUUCUCCCUCCCCAUCUCUCCCUCAGUCUCCUUCUCCCUCCCCCCAGUCUCCUUCCCCAUCUCUCCCGGUCUCCUUCCUCUCCCUCAGUCUCUCCCCCCAUCUCUCCCUGGUCUCCUUCUCCCUCCCCAUCUUUCCCUCAGUCUCCUUCUCCCUCCCCAUCUCUCCCUCAGUCUCCCUCCCCCCCAUCUCUCCUCGGUCUCCCUCCCCAUCUCUCCCUCAGUCUCCUUCUCCCUCCCCCAUCUCUCCCUCAGUCUCCUUCUCCCCUCCUCAGUCUCCUUCUCCCCCCUCAGACUCCUUCCCCCCUCCCCCAACUCUCCCUCAGUCUCCUUCCCCAGUCUUCUUCCCCCCCCUCCCAUCUCUCCUCAGUCUCCUUGCCCCCUCCCCAUCUCUCCUCAGUCUCCUUCCCCCCUCCCCAUCUCUCCUCUCAGUCUCCUUCUCCCCCUCCCUCAGUCUCCUUCUCCCCCCCUCAGUCUCCUUCCCCCCCUCCCCAUCUCUCCCUCAGUCUCCUUCCCCCCCUCCCCAAUCUCUCCCUCAGUCUCCUACCUUGUAGCGUGGCCGAGUGCCGCGGAGCUCAGUUUCCUGUACCCGGCGGACAGGAAGUGCUCUCUGUGUGAGCACUUCGUUUCCGUCCGCCCGGGUUCAGGAAACCGCGGUGCGCUCGGCCACGCUACACAGAGUGCCUGGCAGGAGGGAGCGCUAUGCGCUCACCUCCUGCCGGUCACUCCGGCUUUGCGCCCACCGGGCCGGUGAGCCCUAAGGCGGCCACUUGUGCCGCCUUAUGGAUGCGCCGGCGGAGUGCACGGCGACCUAUGGCCGCGUGCCCACAGAGGGGGCGCGGCGUGCCACCUGUGGCACGCGUGCCAUAGGUUCGCCACCACUGCUCUAGUGGCUCUCAGACAUAUAACCACUUCCUCUUAAAAGACUACCCAAGGCAUCAUAACAACUUCGUCAGAAUGAAAUUGGUAUGUCGCAAGGAGGCCCGAUUACUCUGCCCCUGAACUUACAUUUGAUACCUGAGUCUUUAAUCCGGAAGCGUUUUACCUGCCACCAUUGAUGGACAGAGAGCAUCAGUUGACUAUCAGCAGCUACCCAUUGAGAAAAGAGAGUGAAAAAACAUACAUUUUUCACUAUCUUUUCUCAGUGAGGAACUACUGGUAGACAUAAUGAUGAAGUUGUUAUGAUACACAGAGUGCCCCUUAAAUAUAUUUAGUUUUCAAAGAUAUUUACAUUUUUUAUUAUCAUACAUAACAUGAUGAAACCAAAUGCCAGUAAUGCUUCUCUUAGAAAACCUUGAAAUGGUAAAACACUGCAAUUGCCAAAUGUCCUCAAUGCUUCUCUAUCAGAAACAUUGGAUCUGACAAAAAAAUAACAAACUUGUUGAUCUCACAAAAUAAGUUGUGACUUCUGCACAGAAUUACAUGUAAAUUAAAAUAUACAUUCAUAUACGGUAAUCUAUCCAACUACCACCCUAUCUCCAUACUACCGUUUGCUUCCAAGAUUCUUGAAUCGGUUGUGUACUCAAGACUGACUGACUUCCUUGAAUCCAACUCUUUGCUUGACCCGCUUCAGUCUGAAUUCCACACUCAUCACUCUGCCAAAACAGCUCUUUCUAGAGUAUCCAAUGAUUUAUUCGCUGCAAAAUCUCGUGGUCCCUAUUCUAUCCUAAUUCUCCUUGACCUUUCUACUGCUUUUGACACUGUUGAUCAUCAACAGUUUCUUCUCAUCCUCCGUAAUCUCGGUCUACGAGAUACUGCUCUCUCCUGGUGUUCUUCCUGCCUCUCCCAAUGCUCUUUCAGUGUUUCUUUCUCUGGCUCUGCAUCUUUUCCCCAACCCCUCUCUGUUAGUGUUCCCCAAGGCUCUGUUCUUGGUCCUUUAUUCUUUUCGAUCUAUACUGCCUCCCUGAAUGACAUGCAAAUCUAUCUGACAUUUUCCAAUCUCUCACUGUCCCUCUUGAAUUGUGUCUCUGACUGCCUCUCUGCUAUUUCUAACUGGCUGGCUGCUCACUUCCUUAAACUUAACCUGACCAAAACAGAAUUUCUGGUCACUCCUCCCUUAAGUUUUGCUAUUCCUGCAUCUGUCUCGCUCCAUGUCAAUGGUGCUACCAUCAGCUCUACCUUGCAAGCUCGAUGCCUAGGUUUUCUCUUUCACUGCGACCUCUCCUUCACCCCUCAUGUCUAGUCGAUCACCAAAUGCUGCUGCUUCCAUCUUAAAAACCAUUUGCCCCUAUUUAACGCUGGAUGCAGCUAGGGUGCUGUUCCAUGCAGCUAUCCUCUCUCUCCUUGACUACUCCAAUCUGCUUCUCAGUGGUCUCACAUAUUCCCAACUUGCCCUGUUACAGUCUAUAAUGAAUACUGCAGCGAGGCUCAUCUUCCUGUCCGCCCGCAUCUCCCACUCCUCCACCUUCUGUCAGUCCCUACAUUGGCUACCCGUAAGAUAUAGGGCUCAAUUUAAGAUUCUGGUGCUUGCUUACAAAUCUCUGCUGCUCCAACCUACCUAUCCUCCCUAAAACACAAGUAUGUCCUGUCCAGGCCCCUAUGCUUUUGCUGAAGACCUACAUCUGUUAUCUAUUCGUACUCCCACUUCUGAUGCUCACCUUUCAGACCUCUCUUUUCUCUGUUAAACUUCCACUCAGUCUCCAUUCCUUCAAAAAUCAUUGAAAACUCACUUCCUACCUCUUACUUUACCUACUUUUCUCACAUACCCUUACCUUUUGUGUCACUAUACCCUACUCCCUCUGGCAUGUAAGCUCAUCGAGCAGGACCCCUCAACCUCUCUGUUCCUGUGCGCGCAGCUCAUCUGGUUACAAAUACAUGUUUGUUAGUCCACCCAUUUUACAGCACUGCAGAAUUUGUUGGCACUUUAAAAUAAUUUGAUGUAUGAGGGUAUGGCAAAGUCACUUGUUAAAAUUUUGCCUGUCUCCUAAUUUUUGUCACUUGUGCCUACAUUUUAAGUAAAGGUGUGUUUUAUUUUUUUAUUUUAUUUUAUUUUGAAUCUGACUGCUACCAUCAUGCAUAGACAGCCUCCAUGCUUCUAUUAGAGACACAGUGUUGCCAUUCUACUCCGAUAGCUGUCUGUUUGUGUAACACAGUAAUGUUGUAGCAUAUUUGUCUAUUAAAAUAAAGCUGUACAUUGCAAACAAUUGGCCCAUUACAUUAUGCACUUACACGCAGUACCAUACAUUCUAACAUAUUUUCCUUAGUUGAAGUGGCCAUAGUCAUGCCCAGUAUGUGAAAACUUACUGUUUUGUCCCAGAAAUGCAAAUAACCAUGCACACUCGAAAAUGGAGUUGCUGAAAAUGGAAGUCAGCAACUGUUAGGGAGCCGGCAUGAGAAAUAGGUGCUAUCCGUCUGUUUACAGCACCAUUUACUUUUGUGAAUGAGACUUUACACAGCAUUCGCCCGAGCCACAUACUAUACUUGCCCAACGCAAGCUGACUGUUUGACAGGUAAGCUAGGGAUUUGCACAGCAUGCACCCGCGCAGUUACGAUCUGUGUGCAGACUCGGUCAGGGUACCUCUUUCCACCAUUUUUGGUAAGUGGAUAAAAAAAAAAAAACAGUUUGUCCCACCAAGACAAGUUGGAUGUACAGAAAUGGAAGAUGUUUAGAAACCUGAUCACCAUAAAUAAUAGUUUAAAUAAAUCUCUUUUCAGGACUUACUUAUAUUUUUUAAUUUAUCAUUAAUUUAAUGCAUUCCUAACCUGAGGGUACACAAUUAAAUUUUGUUUGGCUCCAAUGCAUUCUACCUCCUGCUAUUUUAAAAUCAUCCAUGAAAAGAAUUUAGCACAUUCUACAGUGGAAAUAUUGUAUUUUCGCAAUCAGUACCUGGAAAUAUUCCUUGGGAUUCUUUGUAAACUAAUAAGUAAUAUGUUAUUAUGCAGGGCUCUGUGCAUAAUUCAAUGUGGCGAAACAGCAGAUUGUUUUAUCAGCCAAUAUUUAAAUAUGUCAAAACAAACACCAGGGACUAAAUAAAGAUAAAAUCAUUUCAAGAAGGAGACUUGAUAAUUGAAAUACAAGCAAAUAUCUGAGCUGGUGGAUCUUUUAUUCAGUCAGAGGCCCUUCUAUCUUUACUAACAAUGAAUAAUGUGGUUGCUACAGUGUCACAAUGAAAAUUAUUUCUAUGAUGAAAAUUCCUUAGAAUCGUUAGAAAAAACUCUUGCUAGAAUGUUAACUUGUUCAACCAUCCAUUAUAUUAAUUCCAUUUAUUUUAAAAGACAUUGAACUUUUGUGACAAUAUAUGAUUGAGAAGUAGUGAAAAUGAUCUGUAUUAAGAGGGCAUCAAACACAAAAAAAUAAAUAAAGAUGGAACACUUCUCUGAAAGGGUACUACUACUUAGUUUGAUCGUAUGAUUAAGUGCUAGAAUGGCACAAAACCCGCAAAGCAGUGAUGACUAUUGGCUGCACCCUUUAGUUUGUUUAAUAUGAGAUUUUUAUUUUUUUUAAAGUUUUAAAUAUGUUUAUUGUCAUCAAUAUAAACACGGGUGUUGAACUUGGUAUUAUUAAUGCAUAUAGUUGCCUACGCAGAGGCGUGCAUAUUGAAAGUGUACAUAAUGUGAGGCCGACAUAUUCCAGUCAGCUCAGAGUAACACAUAGUUGCCUGCGCAGAGGCGUAGAAGUCAAAAUAAACACGCAAUGACAAAUAUUAGAUAUUCAUAAGCCUUGCAAAGCUAGACAUGCAGAAGGUGGUGAGCUUGCUUGGUACUGCGUUGUUAGGGCGUUGUUGUCAGGUAUGUAGUGGCAAUUAGGGGUGGCAGUUAGUAACAUGUAUUCAGCUAUCAACUCAUUAAAUGGUGCUAGUGUGGCUCGUUAAUGGGUGUUUUCAUUAAGGUGCGUCUCGCACAUUUUGCCGUUAGGUAUGCGACAUUUACUGAUGUGUUUUAGGCACUCCCCUGCGGGGGUGUGGUCUUAGGUGCUCUGGGUAUGGGAUCCAGUCGUUGAGUCAGCGGUUUUAAGCAGUGUAGCACUAAUGUCAUGUAUCCUUGCGUGUGAUGUGUCACGGCCCUUGUCCGUGAACUUUAGCUCUUACGGGUACCAUAGAUGUACAUUCCACACUUUAUAUUUAACUGACGACUUCCUUAUUUGGGGAGUGCACUGUGGGUGACAUAUGUUAAUAAUACACUGUUUUCUUCUGAGAUGCCUGUGUUUGCGUAUUUAUCCCUGUUGCCAUAAACUGCAGUGAAGGCCCAUCUUGCGAAAAUGAGUUAGUGUUUGUGCGCUCUGGCCUUUUGUCUGCAGCCCUGAGUUCUAGUUUGUCUCGUGACUACCAGCUCGUGUAUAUUGGGGUUGUAUUUGUUUUGUACGUUUCGUGUCCUUCCCCUCCUUAAUAUGAGAUUUUAAUGAGCCUUGGAAGUUUUUUUUUUUUUUGUUUACUUUUACCUUUUUUAUAUGUACCAUUCUGUGCUCCGGUAGUUAGGCAAUAAGUUGGACCUGAACGGAAAAUUGGAGGUGGUGAGGAGAGAGAGCCUUAGGUGACUGUGUGACCAUACAAAUUGGCAUGUUAACUGGGGGUGGUGGGGUUUUUUAUUUGGGAGGAAAAAAUAAGUGUUUCUAUGAAUGAUAAUGCCACUUUAAAUGGACACUAUAGUCACCUGAACAACUUCAGCUUAAUGAGCUUGUUCAGGUGAGAACUACAGCUCCCUGCAGCCUUUCUCAUGUAAAUACUGUAAUUUCUGAAAAAAUACAGUGUUUACAUUGAAAGCUAGGAACACCUCCAGUUGCAGUCACUCACAGUGAACCAGAGGGACUUCGGAGUUGAUGGAAGCAUAAUAUGCCUCCAUCCACUCAGAUCUGCUGUGCACGAGUAUCCUGUGAUUCAGUAUCUCCUCCCUCUGCAUGCAGACACUGAACUUUCCUCAUAAAGAUUCAUUGAUUCAUUUCAUCUCUAUGAGGAGAUGCUGAUUGGCCAGGGCUGUGUUUGAAUCAUGCUGGCUCUGCCCCUGAUCUGCCUCUUUGUCAGUCUCAGCUAAUCCUAUGGGGAAGCAUUGUGAUUGGAUCAGGCUACAACAUCUGAUGAUGUCAGCAGACUGUUUUUUUUUUUUUUAUGCAAACAGCAUGCAGAGUUACAGUUUCUGGCUUGAAUACAGUAAGAUUUUCAAUAUAUUAAUUAGGCAUGAGGGGCCCUGGGGGGGCUAGAGAGUAGUGUUAACACUAUAGGGUCAGGAAUACUUGUAGUUGCACUGUUGACUAUAGUGUCCCUUUAAAUAUAGCUUUUGUAGGGAGUGCACAUGGAAGACGCUUCAGGAAUAUGUUGAGAUAGGGGUCGCUGCAUUUUAGUUUUGAGUCUCCGAAAUCUCCAUAAAGAUUUUACUUAUGUACAAUUUUAAUAUUUUAUUGUCACCUAAAAAAACUUUGCACAUGAUAAACCAUAUAUUUCUAUAAUUUAUAAAGGAACACUUAAUUACUACAGCUUAUUGUAGUGAUUAUGGUGCAAGAAGCCUACGAGUGCCAAGCCUUUGUCUCGAAGUGACGAAUUUCACCCCCCAAUAGUCAUACAAAUUUUUGGAUGGCACAAGCUCUCAUUAUGUGCUUACAACUAGGCUGAAAGCUAGUUUAUACUUGUGCUUCAAAUCACACAAGCCCGUUUUGUGCCGCCACAUCACCUCUGACUGAAGAACAAAAACCAGAAGACCUUCACUAGUAGCCUCAUUGCACCAUAGCCGCUGCAAUAAGCUGCUGUUGGCUACGGUGCUAAUAUAUUACGUGCAAAGGUGGCAGCAUAAUCACUUUUUUGUGUCUUUUGUGAAUAUGCAUGAAGGAAGCAUGUGAGAACGGAUAAGAUAGAAGAACUGCUUCUGAAAAUACAGAUAAGAUAGAAGAACCUUUAUGUUAAUUUGUGGGGUCUAGUCGCACAACAUGCUGAUUAUGAAAAAUGUCACGUCAGCCAGUUUAAAUGCUCUGCUUUAUGUAAUGUCUAUUUAUUAGUGCCAAUAAUACGAAAAAUAUGGAUAAGUGCACAAAAAACUUCAUGCUGAUUGAGGCAUGCUGGUACAGGACAUAAGCUACCUCCACUAUGUUUUUAUGCCUAGAAUUGAAAUAUAUGCUGCAGCUUUUCGAUCUCACUGUUUCCAAGGUCCAUUCUGAUGUGUAGCUUCAGGGAGAUGUUUUAAAAUGUAACUUGUAUAUUGUAAUUGAGAAAGAUGUACGUACCUGAUAGGUGUUUAUUCUAUAAAUCUUCAGAUUAGAUAACUCACAUGACUGCAGCUGCAGCCAUAAAUAUGAUUUCUGAUGUCUUGACCAUUUGGGCUUCCGAGAACCAUUAAGUGGGAGUAAUACAAUCGUCUAGACUCCAGGACGAACUUGAAAACUAUUAAAAAGCUACUUGAAUCUUCCCUGAUUAAAUACUUUGGUAUUAUUACAUGCUAUAUGUGUUUAUCACAGAGUGCAACGGUAGUAAAACUCACAGUGAUCUGCAGUGUUUAUACUUGUUUUGGCGGAACUCCAGUGUGUAAUGUAAAUGGGAAUAUCAUAGAGCUCUAGAGCAAAAAAUACUCUCUGAUGUACAGUGUAGAUCAAUUUACAAUACAAUACCACAUCAAUCAUACUCACAGGAAUGUGCACAGUAUGUAUUACUCACAGUAAUGUUCAGCAGUUCUAGUUUUAUCGGAGGACUCCACAGCAGUAAAAUAUUCAUAUUUUUUCAAAACACCACGGAGGGAAGGGAACCAUAGUUCUCCUGAUCUUCAUGGCAACUUCAAGUGUCAGUUCUGUUGUACAAUCUAGGAGUCUGCGAGGCCGAAUCCAAUCUGCGGGCUGUAUGUUUGAAACUUGCACUAUAUUGUGAAGCUAGUGUUUGCCUGUUGUAUUUUGCAUUGUGAAAACAUUGGACUUUUUAUUAUUAUUAUUAUUUUUUUUUAAUACCUUACUUUUGCAAUGACAGAAGUUGCAGGAUAUCAUUAUACAAGGCAGAAAAUACAGACAAAUGGAUCAGCGCUGUUCAACCAAACCAAAAAAAAAAUUAAAAUAUUGAAUAGGUAGGCAGCACACCUUAGAAUGUAGAAUCUCCCUCUUGGCCCUACACACAAAAUACAAUAGUAAAAAGGAUAGGGAAAGAAAGUUGCUCCAAAUCAAUAUGACUCUGAUACAGGUAGGCAACACGGAAAACUGAUUCAACAGGAUAUAGUAAAUAUGUAAAACAGAAUGAUGGAAAUAUAAAAAAACAAAGGAAAUUAAUAUAGAAAUAUCCAGUAUAGAUUCCAAAAGAAUACAAAUAUAAACUUGCAGAAGAAACAACUGUGAUGUUUUUCAAAGAGUUUUCUUUCACUGGGAAGUCAAGGUCGGAAGAAUUCUUGGAAUUCGGAUAUAAAAAAGAGAGACCAAUAGUGUAAUAUCCCAGAAAAUGGUGUAUGAUAAAAAGUGUAUAUGGUCCUACUCACUUUUUUUUUUUUUUUUGGAGCUUUAAACAGGUCUAGUAUGGAUGGCGUACAGUGAUACAAUCCACACUUAUAGGAUACAUGGGAAGUUGAUAGUUGUCUCAAUGAUAUGAAGACCAUAAAAAAAUAAUAAAAAGGAACAACAAUAGUGCUCACUGUAUUUUAAAACAUCAGGAGUAUAGAAAUAUAAAUUUGUACUCACAUUUGGUUGAGCAGGCGAACUGUUCAAUGGAUAGCGCUUGAGUAGUAUAAUCCGCACCUUGGAUUUUUUAGAGUAGUCCUCACUGGAUCAAAUAAAAUCGGAUGCCAGGCAGUAGAGAAGAGAAAGUAUAAAAUAAUGAUAAAGAGUAAAAUGGCACACUCACGGUAUAAAAGUGUCCAAAAUACCUUUAUUAACAAUAUUAUAAUAUCCCAGUGGAUAUUUUAAUAUUGUUAAUAAAGGUAUUUUGAACACUGGUUUGAAAAAGUCAAACAAGAAAAACAACAAAUAACUUUCAAAAUAUGACAUCACAUCACAGAAUUGCAUUGCUGAGAUAUAUCGGAAUUGUUUGGGUCGUAAGCCUAAGCCACACCGUUAAAUCUGCCUCGCUGCUUCGUCUAAAAUAGGAGACGGGAAGCUCGGUGUCUCUCUUUCUUUCCGGGGGCCCCGCCCACAAGCACCCCCAAGAGUCCACCGACCAGGGCUCCUUUAUGGGCUACGAGCCGUGGCCCCAGCCGGUGUCCCCAGGAGAGAGGCGGGCACCACCUGCCUCUCUGAUGACAAACUCCACAACUGAGUGCUAUCCAUUGUCAUCCAAAAGGAAAACUGGUGCAUUCAACAGACUACAUUUUAGUGUUGAUUGUUGUAUCAACCAUCUCCGAUGGUGCGGCUUGUUGUUACUCUGAGAGAUUAAUAUACAAUACAAAUUAAAAGCUCAGUGGACUUCUUUUUUGUUGUCUAGUCUGGGACAUUCUGGUUGAUAUGUAGCCAGAUGUAUUGUGCCAUGUAGCCACCAGCAAUUUAAUUGGAAGCUCUAUAUGGGCAGAAUGAAGGCUGGAUUUCAAAUGAUGUAUCACAUGCACUUGAAUGAGUCAAGAGAUUAAAAGUGGGUAUCAUACAAUACCACUAGACACCAUGGUCAUUUUACAUCAUUUGUCCAUAUACCACAAAAUGAAUAUUUGUCCAUAUACCACAAAAGCCCAGAGUAAUGUUCUUUUGGAUGUGGAGAAUUGAGAGCUUAUUUACUUGUCACUUAUUCAUGUCUCUGACAAAGUAAUGACACCCCAUAUUUGAAAACAGUGCAAUGCCAUGGCAAUCGCCUGAUGAUUCUAAUUAUUCAAGUGUCUUAUUUGCCCAAGAGUUGACCUAUAGGCUAGCAAAAAGAAGUGGUACUUUAACAAUCUCUGGAAAAUUAACUUCUGAAUGAAAUUCUCUAGUUUGUUAUAUCUGUGUGUGAUUGAGAAACCCAUAAUUGGAUCACAGUUGGUGUUCCAUACUGCCACACAGCGAUUUAGGUCACAUCCAAAAUGACAAAAUUGGGCAGAGAGGGAGCAUGGCAAGCGUGAAGAAUAAGAACAGCAAAGAUCUUUUAGAAAAUUACGUAUUUUCUUUCGUAUAUUUUAAUCCACUAAGCAGGCGGCUCCAGCCUUUUUCAACAUUGUAUCAUUUUAGCUAAUAUUCAUUUAACAAAGACCAUCUGGCAGUGAAAAUGCAAUUUGUACUAAUUGUGUAAAUAUUUGGCUUUGAAAGUUGUGGUGUUUUCCAAUUGUGUAGCCCAGCAUUAAUCGUGGUAACGUAUGGCUUACUGUCAGUGUGCAUUAUGUUUCUUUAAUGUCUCUAAACACUCAUUUUAGCAUUGCAACAUUAAUCUAUAUUUAGAUAUAUUCCACAUUUCAGCAAGCUCAACACGCAUUGUUUCUAAUAUGACAAGCAGGAGACUGCAAACUGAAAUGCAUAGUUGUAACUUGGUAACUGCACAUUAAAUCUACAAUCAUUUAUAGGCAGCAUUACAAUUAGCAAGUUUAUACUGGUCAGUGUGUAUUCUUUAUAUAUCUCAUUUAAUAAGUGUAGCAUGCAUGCUAAUGAUUAUAGACCUGCAAUCUCUUAUUCUCUUCCCUCCCUUAAUGACAGCUAUUGUUAGAUUACCCUAAUAUUUUGUUUUUACGUUACGCCUGUAAAGCACAUUUAACAUUGUGGCACUAUAUAUUAAACAUAAUAUUCAUAAUAUUUAGUAUAUACAUUGUGCUAGCAAUAUGGCCGAGUAAUGUAUAGGUAGCAUUUUAUAAUAAGAAAUUCUAUUAUAGUUCUGCUGUUGACAUUGAUGUAUGAUGGAUACAGAACACUGCACAUAUUUCUAUGCUCCCGUGAGUGCAGUACACUGCACAUAUUUCCAUGCAUCCCACUAUGACAAUACAGACUUUUGGAGCAGCCUCUUCUCCAGGUGUAUUGUCCUGAAGGGAUCGUCGCCGAGACCAGGGUCAAGUAAGCAACUAUAUCUCCCCCAAGAUGCUAGUCUCAGUAGGGGAAUCUCUAUGAAGUGAGGCUAAAAGGGUGUUGGUCGGGUUGUGACCAGGGCCUGUAUUGGCACAGAACUGUCUGCCCAUUGGAGCAGGUAUUGUCCCAUCUGUGCGGCCUGGAAACCUGGGUAGGUACUCGCCAGUCUACACAAUGGAGAUAGUCCCUAGAAGGCAGAUAUCGAGCCCUCUGCCUCGGUGGCUGUGGACACUGCCUUUACAUAGGCACUCACGGGCCAAGUGAUUAGCUCAGUGCUGGUAGAUUCAAGGAAGCUGCUGCAACUCUCCUAAGGAAGAGGCACCAAACCCUGGGGAAGACUUCCCCCUCAAGGGUCCCUGGUAACAGUUAAUAAUGCAGCCAUGUCUGAAAAUUCUGCUACUAAUGUCCCUGAAUAAACCUGACAGGAUACACAGCCCUCAAAAGAACCACCACCUAGAACUUUAUUUACAUUCAGGACUAGCCCCUACUGACUUUUCCUUAAACAUGUGGUGAAAAGAAUUCAAACCCAAAUAUACAUAACCUUGAAGAACAAGCAAUCAUAAUUAUUAAACCGAGUAUAUAAUACAAAUAACACUUUUGGACACAAGAAAGAGUAAACAUAUGUACAUAUAAUUGCUUAUUUGGUUGCACUUAUUUGCAUACCACCAUUAUGUAAAUUGACACAUUUCCAUGCGAUCAACAGAGGGCACUGCAGAGUUACCACAUUAACAAUGCAUAAUUGGUAAAACAACUGUGGGUAUCACACCCACAAUAUCUGUCAUGUCACCACAUCCUUGGCAUUUGUCUAGGAGCACUGAGACAUGCGCAGCCCACUGUGAAGGCCCCAAAGAUUUGAUAAAAAUACAGGGAUACAUUUUUCCUAUAAGUAUAAUAGGAAUAACGUAAAAGUCGCUUUCAUAUCUGAUCAGCAGGUGCUAACUGUGUCAUAAGUUGUCGCACCCCCAACCAGGAAGCCUUUUGGGAAUAGCCACUGAUGAUUUAACAAGCAGAAAGGCCUAAUACAUGCUCAGACAGUGCCGGUAAUAAAAUUCGGGAUGACCUGACAGGACCCUAAAAUUUGGGCUAUCCCAUUUAUAUCGGGACAUUUGGUGUAUCUGUUUACCAAGAAUGAGUACAUUCAAGGUUGUUUGAUUUAAACUAAUGUGAUUUAAGUAAUUCAAUUUUUUUUAAAUUAUUUUUUAUAUUUAUAUUUAAAAAUAAAUUAUAAUUGUAAUAAGCUGAUACAGUUGUAAUUAAACUAAGAAGGCUAAUAAAUAGUAGAUAAAAAUGCAGAGAGUAGUAUGGACUUCAUCUACAGUUUCUGACAAGGUGGUUGCCUGCUCCUUCUGACAUAUAAGAGGAAAUAGAACCAACAUAUAAUUUAGUAGAUUAUGUUUUUUGUUUUUUUUUAUUCUUUAUUUAGCAUUGACAUAAUAAAUUGACAUGCUCAAAGUAUUUAACCAUAUAGUUGAGUACAAUGUGAAUAUUAACAUUUUGUUGGUUGCCAUUAAACAUCGUCUUUAAAUAGCAUAGAUGACAUAUGACAUCACAGGGUGGUAUAUACUUAUGUCUAGCUCUCUGGUCAUCGAUCCCAAGUGAAUGUUGAUUUUUAUUAUUAUUUAAACACAAUAGUAACAAAAGUAAAGGAGUAUGUACAUCUCACACCUCUGGCUCUAGGCAAUUUUUAGGUGCUGUCUAUAAUCGUUUUAUUACCCUAUUCCUGUCUCUUUCUAGAGUAGUUUGUUACCAGAGUUGGUAGGCCUUCCGUCCGUCCACACGCCCAACAAAGUUCUCUGCUUGUUGCUUAGGUACUUGCUAGAACCCAACCCCAUGGACCUACAGACACAUGGGGUCCAGGGGCCCGGAAGCGGUCUCUAUUAUCCCAAGAGCAGAGUUAUCGGGUUUUGUUGUAGUUAUCGAGUAUUAACAGCUUACUCCAGGAGAUAUUGGGAGAGACUGGAGAUAUACAGAGAAAGGAUGAAUAGGAAACGUAAGAAGAGAAAGAGCGAGGGAGCAAGGCCGGGGGGGAGGGGAGAGGAAAGGCGCGUGUCCCGCACCUGCUAUGUUCCCAGGGGGCAGCUUUCCCAAGGUUCCCAUAUUCUUUGAAAGGUCUUUUGGGUUCUCCUCACCCUGGCCGUUAGGUCGUCCAUUAGGUGAAUGUAGAUUAUGUUCUUAACUGGGACUCCACUACACAUGGGACUUAAUCCUUAUGAAGUUCUUCAUCGACAUGCACAGUAUGUAACUUAUGUUCGUGUAUUUUGUAAAAAAAAAACAAAAAAACCUAAUGCCAGUGGGAAAGUAUUUAGGGCAAACUGGAAAUAUUGUGAAAAAGAGCUCUAGGGGAUUCUGUUCAGGUUGAAAGUUCAUUGUGACACUGAGAACAAGUUUGAAAUAUUAUGAAGCAGAGGAUGUUAGUAAGUGGAUUGAACUUAUGAAUAGAGAGCUGAGAGCAGAAGACCUGCCUGUGUUAGGUCUUUUUCUGCUCUCCCUUGUUAGUCAAGUCUUCGAUAUGCCAAAGAAUUGAAUUCUCGGUGGCAGAAAGACCUAUUUUUAAAGGUCUUUUAAAUAGGUUUUUCUCCCAACGUAUUCAUUUGCUGGCAAGUCAACUGGCAUAAUGUAUAGAUGAAAUUUGAUGGUUUUUGAAAAGAGCAUAUGUCUUGGGUAGUAUGACAGGGACCCGUUAAUGCGACUCUUAACAAAGUUUAAUGGAACUAUGAGUAAAUGAUCUAAUUUAUUUAUUUAUGUUUUCCCCUAACGAGCCCCAACCAUAGUUUAGCAUUCCAUUUUUUGUACAUUUAUCCUCUAGUCCCAAGUACAUAUAGGGUAUACAAAGUUAAUGUUUGCUAAGUUUGCUACACUUGUACAAUUAAUGUUUCUUUUACUAUGACAUUUUAAAAUAAACAAUAACAUUUUGAAUGCAAUGUAUUUCUUGUCUCACUUUUUGGGAAAUCUUAAAAACACAACUACAGGCAUACCCCACUUUACAUACACUCACUUUAAGUACACUCGCAAGUACAGACAUUCCCGUGCCUCUUCUGUCCACGAGUAAAGAGGAAAUGGAAGGUUCUAUUCUCGCCUGGAACAGCUCAGCUCAGUUCAGUGUCUUUGGGGCAAGAACUUUUCACACCUCACUGUAAAUCUGCAGUUGCACUAUCAUUUAUGCCUGUAAAUGACUAUUGCAAUGCGGUACAUGCAUUGGGAAGUGAUAAAAGGUAUUGCUUCACUUUAAAUACAUUUUCGUUUUACAUACAUGCUCUGGUCCCAUUGUGUACUUAAAAGCGGGGUAUGCCUGUACUCUCUUGAGGAUGUGCAUUUCACAAGCAAUUUGAAUUUGUUGGGGAGAAAAAUAAGAUUUGAUUUAAAACAAAAUGUCAAAUUAAAAAACUAAAUUGCAAUUUGUCCUCCCUACUUCCCAACUCCAAGUACAUUUAACUUUCACUAGUUUUGAUGUAUAUCUCCACCACGGUCUGCUUGCUCUAUAUUGCUGCCACAGAGCUGGCCCAGCGGUACAUUUUUGCUGUGACUUAGUAAAGGCACACAAAGAGUGACUCUCCCUGCAUCUCUUUCAAUGAGAGUCAAGAUUCAACUCACCAGCACUGCAGGAGUCAAGGGAGGGAGGAAAUGCUGGUGCCUUUGCGCAGCCUGGCACACUGAGGGACACCCAAUCAGGGCUUUGGAAGGCAUAUGAUCCUGGUCCUGUUGGCUUAUAGUAUGAUCAGGGGUGUUUGAUUGGAGCUCAGGGGUUGGAAUUAUGGGAUUGGGGGCAAUAUGGUUAAUGUGAUUGGUGGUAGUGGGUUAUGGGGUUAAUGUUAUUGGAGGUACACAGGGGAUUUUAGGGUUAAUGUGAUUGUUGAUGUGUGUGCGUGCACUUUCUGUGCACUAACCUAUACGGGAGUGAGAAGAGGGCUCCUUGCCAAUCUGUGUGAAUAGACAUCUGGUUGGAGUGUGUUAUUACUCCUUAUACACAUUUCUGUACUGACACACUACACACAAAUACAUUGUUGUAUUGACACAAAUACACUACUACAUUCACACACUUCACACAAAUACAACCGUGCAUUCAUACGCGCUAAUCUUAUACACAAAUUCACAUAAACACAGGCACGCCUUAUGUAUGUGCAUGCUUUCUUUAUUUUAGAGCUGCAUGAAAGCUUUAGCUUGUAACUGUUUUUUGUUUUUUUUUAACACAUCACAGAUAACUUUGUUACCUUGAACAAUUUAGCUGCUAAAUACAAAUUGCAUAUAUUGUUGUAAACCUUUGGGUGCUGGUGUUUUCUGAGAUCACAGUAGAUGGAAAUGUUUUAGAGCUUGUGAUUUUGUACCAUUUUAUAUUCAGAAAAAGAUAUCUUCUUUGGAAUGUAAGAGACCUUUCACAUUGUUGCCAUUUAAAUACGUUUUAAAUAUUCCUCUUGACUCAGACAAAUUAUAGAUUUUAGAAAUGGACUCUGAAAUUAAGGGUUGAAUUAAAUAUUGACCCAACAUUCUGAAAAUAUAGCCUUGUAAAUAUAAUUUGUUUUAUUUUUUCCUGCAGAUUGACCCAACCUUGGAAAAAAUAAUCAACAAGAACCCAGUUUCUCUGGAAUCAGAGUAUGAGGUAAACAUUUUAUUUGUUUCAUUUAUUUAUUAUUAUUUUUUUUUUUAACUUUUACUUUUUUUUGCAACAGACAGGUCUUCUCUUUCAUGCCACAGAGUAGGGCAGCUGGGUGUGUCAGUGUCUUCCUAAAUAUAGACAAAAUAUCCCAGGACAGUCAGUUUACCACUUUCUCAUCUGAAUAAAAACUUGAUCGUGCUGCAGUUUUUCUCAAUAAAUCUGUUCUGUGAUCAGCAGAAUGCAAUGUAAAGGCCACCCAUAUCCCAGGCCACCCAUCUCUGUGAGGAGAUGCUGAUUGGUGCGAUGAAGCGCAGCGUUUUGCCACACAUGCGCAAUAGCCUCCCAAUGCUUUCCUAUGGAAAUUAAAUUGGCGUUGACUGAGAUCAUCCAGUUGUCAGCCAAAGUGAAGGGCACACUCUUGUUACUUCAAAAUGAGCAAGACAACGUCAUUUUUUCACUGCUGUGCAAUAACACACAUUCACAAUUUCAGCCCAAUUACGAAACUUUCCUUAAUAUAUCAAGGUAGUCGGACUGAAACAUGGAUUAUAUGCACGUCUGCUUACAAUAAAUCUGCUCUCUUGUUUCUUUUGAAGCCCUAUAAGUGCUUUCUUUCAUGUUCGAGUGAUAGUUUUCAGUUUUUGUUGUUUUCCCCGCUUCCAUAUCCGCACACUAUGCUGGCACGGUGCAUUAUAGGGCUGGUAUAGAAUUUUUUUCAAGGGCUGCUUUUCAUUCCCAGUCCGGCCCUGCACGCAUUGAGUGUUCUUCUGCAUUUACGUCCCAGAGCUUAUACAAGAAUACAUGAAGCUUACAUUUUUAAUUCACCCUGCUUUCAUUUGCAUUGGCUAAACAGACUUUUGCAUGUUUAUCUGGGCUUUAUUUAGGAACACAAUUGCUCUCACUGAUAAAAGUAGGAUAGAAGCCAGGCAAUAAUACACAUUUUGGCAGUAUUUCAUUUUAGCUCUGUAUAAUUUGUCGUGGGUUCUUUUUUUGGGGGGUCUUUUAUCAAUUAUCCAUUAUAUGUAUUUUUUUAAAACUGUGUUGCCAUGAUAUGCAUUAAACCAGUGACUGUAUAGUGAGACUCUCAGGGAUAUUUACUCUCAGGUCAAUGGUGCCAGUAAGAGCAAAGCUGCCGUAAUACUGCUAGAAAUAUAGCAAGCAAAUGUUAGUGGCUAAACUGCUUAAUGAGUUUCUGUCAAAAAGUGUUUUCUCAACAGCUCAAAUAUAAAAAGAUUGGUACAAUUGUAUUAUAGUUAAUCAAGAAUGAAUACAAUUAAAAUUAGAAAGGGAGCAGCAUCAAAACACCAACAAGCGACUAAAUUGAGUUAUUAACUCACAAUAAACAUAAGGUGUGUGCGCUCCCAAAAAAUCUCAAACUAAGAAAUUAAAUAUAUAGAUAUAAAUCUUUUAAUAAACAUCCAAAAAUAAAUUACAAUAAUUUAAAGGCUGUUUCACAAUCUCCCUAUUGGUUAUACCCUAAAAACACACAAAGUAACAACAAAGUAUAAAAACAUAAAAUAAAUACUGAGCACAGUAUCCAUAUGCAACAAAGUUGCUAUAUAUAAUUGGCUUAGAAUAUAUCUAAAAUAUACAAGAGCCUCAGUAAUAUGGAUAAUGUGCAAAGGAAAACAAAUACAGCAAAAUAUUAAAUAAAAAUAUAGUAAGUAAGUAAUAUAAAGUAUAGUAAGUAAUAUAAAACAAAUAAACAUACAAAAUAUAAAUAAGUAUGGGCUUUAAAAGGCAGGACUAGCUACAUCAGGAUGUGAUCUGAGGAAGCCGAUUGGGCGAAACGCGUCAUCACGUCGAUUACGUCAUCACGCCAUCACGUGACCGGACGAAACUCCGAGUUCCAGGAAGUGAAGCCUACAAUACCGAAAGUCACCAGGGACUGGUAGAUAUAUACUAUACAGUACUGGCAAAAGGUUAUUUGGCUGCUAUAUGGAAACUGAGAGUGUGGAUUCUACUUAUUUUCAAUAAAGCUGUUUUUAAUUUUGGAAGCUGGUGUCCUGCCUAUUUACACCAACAUUGAAGUCCUGGUUUUUGGAUUUAAAGCUGGAUCAGUUAGAGCAGGCUUUUACUGCUCUCCUUUUGUGAGUGAUAUUCCUAAUUAUAUUUGCUGGUUUUUAUAUUUAUGUAAAACAAUAUUAUACUAUGUUUCUCCAUUUUUUAUCCCUUUUUACAUAUGUUCUUAUGUGAUUUGGAGAAUUUAAGGAGACAUAUAUUUCCCUUGUAAGUUAUUUGUUUUGGAUAUUGAAUUUUUACACUAUCACAUUUGCAUUUUGCACUUAUGUCACAUUGUAUGUGAUUAUAUACACACUCUGUGUUUUUGCACAAAAUAUUUGCACAUAUUAUUGCACAUUUGCACUUUUUAACAUUUAAAGAUACAGCGCACCUAUUUUUAUUGUUUGAAUAAAUAAAUAGUACCUAACCUCAGUGUGGGCCCCCACCAGAGGUAGAAAUAAAAUCCAAAAAAGGGGUAACCGAAAAAAGAGAGACCCCCAGAUGACACCAAAGAAAGGGCAAAGGCAAAUGCACUGUAUUACCGCGGUCGGAAUCUUCGAAAAAAGACCGCGGUGUUAAUUAAAUACAAAAAAAAACCCUCUUUUCUCAACAGCUUCAAUUUUGGUAAUCGGUUCUUAAUUUUGUCACAUAUUAGUGAAAUGACAAAUGAAGAGCCAAAUAAUGAGAAAUUAAAAAAAAAAUGAUAAAGUGAUAUCCAGUCGAUAUUUUUUAUUAAAUAUACAUCAUAAAAUAGAAAAAAAUAUAUAUAUUUUUUUUUCUUGUGCAAUAGUACAUAGCUACAUAGGCUGAAAAGAGACAUGUGUCCAUCAAGUUAAGCCUUUCUCACAUCAGUUUUUUUGUUGUUGAUUCAAAAUAUUACUAUAAUAAUUGCUUCAACGGGCUGUGGAAGAGGUGUUUAGUUGAUCUGUGUACAGAGGGAUUUAUAAAUAUAGCCAGCAUUCUAAGUUGUGAUCUGUACAAAUUACAGACUGAAAUGUUCAUUAUCGUAAAACAUCACCCCGCCAACUGAACACCCCCUCUGGUAGCUACUCAGAUGUUGGACCCCUCUGUAGUACUGAUUAGUGUACUAAGGAGGAAGGAACAUUAUAAAGUUAAGCCCAUCCACUGACUUCUUCACUCUCAUUACUGGGAAAUGCAGUGAGCGCCAACAGUGAUGUGCUGCUUAUUCGGUUUGCUAGCGCCAUGUUGACCAAACAGCAUGAGCUUACUGGCACUAAUCAAUCAUACAGUGCUAAUUAGUGGGGGUUUUGUAAGAUAACCAGCAUUUUGUUUGUGACUUGUGUGGAUGACAAGCUAAAGUACUGUGAUGUUCUACAGUUGCUGAGGUAUAUGAUUCUCCUAGAAUGCUAAUUAAUUAUUCUCUAGAUUCUGAAAUCAGAUGCUAGUUUAACUUUUCUCAAAUAGUCUCUGUCUAGCUUUAUGAAUUUGCUAGACCAGAGGGACAGAAACACCACCACUCGUCUCACAUAGCUAUGAGUAACUCUUUAUUCUAUUUAAGAAGCCUAGGUUUGAAAAUAAAAUCAAAGCUACAUCUAUCUGGAACCACGGUAACCUUUACAAUGUUUAUCAUCGCCACCACAUUCUGUAUUUAGUUGGCAAAGUGUCCAUUUACUGAGGACUAGGUUUCAACAGAGAGCCCAGGCUCACUGUGUCCAUCAUAGGUUUGGAAGAUCAGCAAUUUCAGUGUACCUUAGGGCCAAAUGUGAGAGGGGGAGCCUUCAAAUGGAGACCAUCAUACCCUUGUUCAGUGGGACAGCACUGAUUUAAAACGAAAAUGGCUGAAGGUAAUGUUGAUAGCUGUUCUCUGUAUGUCCAGCUGACUGGGUUUGCGCAUCCCCCACUUUGUUAUGGAAUGCGACCUUACCUAAGUCUGCCUCUAUUUUAUCUUUUUAAUCUUUAUUUUUUUAUUUAUAAAGCGGAUUUAUUUGUGCUGUUGUUAGUAAAAGUGAUCCCUAAGGUGGGGACCAUAAAUUUACAGAGUCGCUUUAAGAGGUUGGUAAUUUUGCACUACAUGAACCACUUAUAAGACAUGCAGAGCCCCAAUGUGAGGAUUAUUGGAUUAAAGGGGUACUAUAGUCACCAGAACCAUUACUGCUUAAUGUAGCAGAUUUGGGGCUUUUAACAUGUCCCUGCAGGUCAGCUGAGAAAAUGCAGUGUUUACACUGCUGCCCACUGCUGAACAUCCACGAGAGACAUCUUAAACGAGGCUCAUAAUCUUUGUUCCUUUAAGGCGGCAGUAAUUUGGCAAUACUAAUAAACUGGGGUAGCUAUGGAUCUUGAGAUAGUGAGAUUCUGUUUGAGGCUAGAGUUAUUUAAUAGACACAUAUUAUGUACUGGGAAUAGGAAGGCAACCACUUUCUAAACCGCUUAUGUAGAAUAUAACUCCAAUCAACCUGAUCCAGUGUUUUGGUUUUUUUAUAAUCAGAUUAAUAGACUCAUUAAAAUUAAUACUUAGAAAAUGGCACUUGAACUAAUACAACCAUAACUCAGUUUGUUUAUGUGAGUUGCUAAAUAUCUCUAAAACCACCCAUCUCUGUGAGAAGCUUUGAACUAAAGAUUUGUCCUCAAAGCUUCUAUGAAAAACGUUGGCUUGGACAAUACCUAGCACUAACAGGGAAGUAAGUGUUAGGCAAAAAAGGGGUGGAUCUUUUUUAAAUUUUUUUUAAAUAUAAUAUUGUUUUCAUAAUUAUUUAUUUUGUAAGAAUUUUCAUGAAUAGACCGAUAAUUGCAUUUUUGGACCUCAAAUUUCCCUUUUAAUGCAGGUGCCCAAGGACAAACAUGCACAGUGAGAGAUGCGAUUAGGUUCAGUGUAAUCUGUGAACUCAGAAGCAGUCAGUAAGAUCUCUUGAUGCUCAUCUAGUGAAAUGCUGCGUAGACCUCACAAUCCCCAGGCAGUAAAUCAAAUCAAGAUUUGCAUCACUGAUUCCAGGAUAAAAAAGAGGGGUUUGAUAAUUGUUUAUCUCCCUUCUUUCUCUUUGCCAGAUAUGGUGAAUUUAUUUGAUAAUCAGGCUUUUUUUACUAUGUUGGCAAGAGAUAUGUAUUGCAUAUUCUUAUCUAAAUUAUGAGGUUAAAAUCAAAUUUUUGACAUGGAACCAGUCCAUAGAUUUUCUUUAAACAUUAAAGUCACCCAGACCACUUCAAUUCAGUGGCCCGCGUAGAUUUAAUCCUGCAAGGUAAAACAUUUCCCUUUUUGUAGAAACCACAGUAUUUACAUUGCAGGGUUAAAUACACCUCAAGCGGCUGUCUUCCUGACCGCCACUACAGGCUCAUCCUCCAGAACAGAGUCAAUCGAUCCUACAAUUAAAUGCUACUAAUGCUACAGCGUUUGGCUGUGUACGCACUGAUCAGUCCAUGGUUUUUCUUCUGUCUACGUUUUUUGCAGUAGAAAAUGUUCAAUCUGGUAUGAGGAUUAUAUGUCAAGUAAUUCAAAACCUAUCUCUGCAGACUGACCAAAUUUCAUCAAAAUGAUUAUGCUUUGGGGGGGGGGGGGCGGCUGACACCCAAGAUGGCUGGACUUGCCACUUGUUAGCUCCUGCUGAUUUUGGCCUAAAAUCAGCUUACACAGCCUGAAACCUUGGCCACUGGUGCCCGAUGCUAAAUGCAGAUCGACAACUAGGCAAACUACGCUGACAAACACCCGGAUCACACCAAAUCUCUAUACAUACUCACCUCGUCCGUCUCUGCGGCCUACUGGGGGUGCCUGUCCUACAGCUAGGGGAAGCGGACGAUCUCCUGGGCUGGGGGCAGUACCACAUCACAGCUUGUUGCUGACCUCCCCCACCCCCUGGACCAGUGUGGGCUAUCCCAGUCCCCACUGAGGAUGCUAACAUCUCCACCGGCCUUAAAUAGAGUUCCGUUGAAGAUGGCAUGGCGGAGUCAAGAUGGCCGCCGCACAUACAUCUCACCAAGUGAGCAGGCUCUGGAAGCCGGGAAUAGAGAGAGCAAUUUAAGGCAAAGUUCGAAGCACUCUGCCAGGUGUUCUGGUGCUGCAUCGGCAGCACUCCUAGCAAGCCUGCUAAGCUAACAGACAUGCUACAGCAAGCAACCGUGGCAGACCACCACCCUCCUUCAGGGUCCGAUGCCCGUCAGGCACUCACUCCUCCUGCCGCUCCAACGCUAACCCAGCUCCCCACUCUUCUUCUUGGCCGGGGGUCUGAAUGGAGUGAUAUCCAGCCUCUAUGAGAAGACAGAUCAAUGGACAUGGGGCAUUAGCCCCCACCAAGGCUCGGAGCUGUAGUCGCGGGGAAACCAAGACAGAAGACAUACCCCACCUAAUGAAGUAUGUUACCAGGCAGAUUCGGCACAGUAGUUAGGUGGAGGGGUCACAUAGCGUUCCUGACGAGACACUGAAUGGCAAAAUUUGCCCUGCUUGUGGCAUAGUGUCUUCUAUCACAGCGACACCUCAACACAUGAUAUGCUCUAACUUCUAUUGCUGAAAGUUUUGCUUAACCCCUUAAGGACACAACUUCUGGAAUAACAUGGAAUCAUGACGUAAUAUUUCUGUCACGUGUCCUUAAGGGGUUAAAAUGUGUGCUUUAUGCUUUAAUUUUAUUUGCCUCAUGAUCUACCUCUCACUGUUUUCAACCCAUUGGUAUUAACACUCAAUCACAUUGUCCGUUAGAGCAGCCUGUUGAUUUAUUCUAUUCUCUCUUCCCUGACAAGUUUUCUCAUUUAGUUUCUUAUUAUAAAAAGUGCAGUGUUUUGACAUCUCUCAACCUCACUAUGCCUAUACAUUCUUGUAUACAUUCCUGUGGAAUGUCACCAAAUGCCUGUCUGUUAUACCUUGCACUGAUAAAAUAAAGAAUGUUAAAAACAAAAUAAUUUGUAACCCACCCCAUCAGACUUUUGUUAGCUCAGAGUAAUAUUUAUUUAACUACAAACAGCACAAUGUUUUUCAACUCAAUAGCACCCCUUUCUUCGUACUCCCCUCCCCCUUUUUCACAAUGCAUGUCUUCUUGAAUCACUUGCUAUUGUUUGAUGCCAGAACUCUUGCUACAAGCUCAUAUUAGAUCUUAUUCAGCUAGAGAAGCUUUAGAGAGCCCUUGGCCAGAAAACCAAAUCUGCCACAUACAGUUUGUUACACACCUAUGCUAUGUGCAGGUCGUAACUGGGUCUGUCCUCUGUAGUUACUGCACUGCCGUCACGGAAUUAUCUUGUUCUGAUACAUUUAUCUGCCAAACCUUUGCUUUCGGGGGUCCACAUUCUAUUUGCAAAGUCUGCUAGCCAUUACUAAAAUGGACAGGGCCACCUAAUUUCACAACCACAUCAAAUACAGACAGGAAUCCUGGCAAACGCAUUGGUGCAAUUCAACAUGACACCAAACCAAUGCUAAAUUUAUAUAUUUUAUUUUGCUUUGUGAAAUCUAAGUAUAAUGUUGUAGUCUAUAUUAACAUGUCAUCUGUCUAAAUAGCAUACAUUUUCUACCACAAUAAAGAUGAGACAUGAGACAAGCCCUUGCCGUAUCCAAACAGUAACAAGUGGUUUUAUCCCAAAAAUUGUGUGCAAUUACACAAUUACUUUUAAACACACCCUUAAACUAAAAAUAACACCUUAUCCCACAGGAGAUCAUUUGUAGUACCCAACUUUUUAUACGCAUUUUAUUACUUUGAUGUAAAAGGCAACCCUUGCUUUUUUAUUGUAUGGAUAAAUGCAACUUUUUCUAUCAUAUUUAUGUGUGACACAAUCUUAAAAGCUUGCUUUAACCUAAUUGUGUAGCAUUUCAUACUAAUCCUGGUUUAAAAGAAUAUGUUCUAUUGGCUAAAAUAUUUAUUUCAUAUUUUUAAUAUGUUUUUCAAUUUUUUUCAAUGUAUAGAUGAAACUUCAUAUUCUUUAAUAAGAAUCUGGGGGAGAGAAGGGAAGGGUGAUGACAUGUUCACUUUAAAUGCAUUGCAAGAAUGAGGACACUUCUGGGAGUAUCAGUCCUCUCAAUAACCAGACAGAGGCCUUCAUUUAAUUAUUUUGGAAUCAACUGGUAAAAUGAUUACAAUCUGUUAGGCAAACUUUUCAAAUUAUUUUAUAAAAAAUAAAAAUUCAAACAAAUAUGGUAGACCUUAAAGCUGGCUUAUGUAGGUAGGUAGAUCACUUGAAAAGUAUUUUUUUUUCUUUUUCUCUAAUAGAUUGUGACUAUUUGGAAAGCUUAUUAAAAAUAAUUAUAUCAAGACCAGACUGUCUGUUACCUGUUGUAGGGAGGACUGUUGUAAAGUUCCGGAGUAAAAUACAGGGCAUUUAAGCCAAUAUACAAGCACUUCAGAUAUUAAUACCAAAUAUAUACUAUAUGAUUUUUUUUAUGGAUAGAAACAAUAUUAUCAUUAUGUUGCAUUUGGUGUGCAGUUGAUGUGUAUAAACUGAAAAGAGGAAGCCCCAUAAUUGACGCUGCGAGUUUCCAAACCUCCAUAAAACCAAUACAUGGGGGGGCUGUUGAGACAUUGCUGAACACAAAUAUGUAUUACAGUAAAAGCUAACAGUAUUAUGACUUUCACAAUUACAAUAGGUUUCAUUUAUUACAUUAGCUGAAACCGUAGGUGAAAAAACCAAAAUGUGUGCUAUUAACAGCAUUUGUCAAACUCAAAGUUUUUAUUAGAAAUCUUAAUAAAACAUUUAGUCAUAGAAACCACUGAUUCUCUAUUAAUGAAGAGCUGAUCCCGGCAGGGAGCAGGCUUAGCUCCCAGGCAGUCCCGAAACCCUGGACCCCAAACACUGGCAUACAUCCAUGCCUGGUGAUGGAAGGGAAACCUACCACAGCGCACACAAGCAAAAGAAUACGCGGACCCACCGGACUGCACCUAAAUUUUUCAGCACCUCAGCACAGACCUGCUGCACUCGCCCAGACUGGGAAUAGGCUGAGGAUCAGACCUACCCUGGGACAGCGUGAUCGCUAAGAAGUACUCAUAAGCAGCCACUACACUCUGGACAUUAACUGCCCCACUUGACGAUCACGAGUAUUAGCCCUUAUGCAUGCUGCUGGCUUGUGCGGGUGAUUCUAGGCCGACACCAGCUUGCUGCAGAGAGAAGCAGUAUUAUUUUUAUUUUUUGUUCUUCCCUUUUCGUUUUAUUACUCAAUUGUACAGAUACAGCUAUGCUGGCUAAUUACAUGUCAUUACAUAAUUUAACCUGAUAACAGCCAGGCUACCAGCAUGUACGGUUGGGAGAUAUCUCACCUCUAUUAACGUGUUUACCGGGUGGUUUACAGCUCACCAGUUUAACAUUGUAGUUUAACAUUACAGUCUAACAUGUUUUCAACAUUAUAAAUUCUCUGAUAUAUAGCUAAAUACAAUCUGACUAAGUCUACAAACCUCGCUUAUCUGCGCUAUAUUUUAGGAAUCUUGCCUACUUAAAACAUAUAAUACUCUUGUAAUACAUUCUUCAGUUAUAUGCAUAUUUAACGUUAUCUUUGAACAUCACAUGUUACGUGAAGCUUAAAUACGUAAUUAUAAAAAAGUGCAACUUCCCAUGCCACUGUCAAUCCUAUUUAACAUAUAUGCACAGCGUUUAAUGUUAAAAUGUACCUACCUGCACAACCAAAAUAAAGAAUAAAAAAAAAAAAAUUAAGUUUUGAGCAGGAUGGAAAAGUUAUUUUUCUACUAAUCCUUUUUAUUUUAUUUUUUUAUUUUUUUGUAGCAUUUUUGUCAUAAAAGUUGCACUUUAAGAUGCACAUUUAAUAGUACAAAUGAAAGAAAGACCGUGUCAUAUCUCAUAUCUUGGUAUGUUUCAACGUUUCUCCAAGCGGGAAUUAUGCUAGAGUUAGAUUUUUUUUCUAAGUUCACAUUAGAAGUAUAUUUAAUUGCAUUGUAACAUUUAGUCAUGAACAUUGAUUUUUGUUUUUCUUAAUAUUUUUGUUAUAUUAGAGCCUCAUGACAACUGAUACAAAGCUGUUGAACAAAAUGGCAUGUUAAUUAUUCCAAUUCAAUGUUGCUUCAAUCCAAAAGAUGAACCAAUACCAGAAGACACAGAACAGAUGCAGUACCAUAUUUCCUUGAGUGCAUGAUGUUUAUCUCAGUAUGUGCCCUUCCUCCUUUGUGCCAAAGAUAAUGCUGAUUAACAUUUCAUUCCGACUCUAUAAUCACUAGUGAUGUCAGAUAUCCAUCUAAGUAUUCACAUUCCACGAAAAAAAAUACACUAGACUAAAAUAGCAACAGUGUGUGGAAUGCAACAUAUUUCUGAAUGAUACAAAGACGACUAUUCACUCUCGAUAGUGAAUGUGAUGCUAUAGUAUCUAUUCGCUACUUAGCUUACCACACACACGCCCUUUUCUCCCAUUAUGUGGUGCUCUAUUUUCGACUAGUCCCUCCUUCAUGGCUGAUGAUCUUGGCCAAUUCAGUGCUUUUCCAUAGUAAAUCACUGGUAGGCAAGUGCACAUGUGCAGCAGAAUGCUGUGCCACGCCAAUCAGAUGGUCUGAUUGAUAUAGCCAAAAGGGCCCUUAGUGACUGUCUGUGUGACAGCCACUAGACACAUUUAAUCCCUGCAAUGUAAACAUUGCAUUUCCUGCAGAACAGCAAUGUUUGCAUUUGCAGAUUUAAAACUAAACGGACAGACCUCAUGUUCCCUACCCAGCAUGGUUAAAGGGACACUGUAGUCACCAAAAUAACUUUAGCUUAUUAAAGCAGUUUUGGUGUAUAGAUAAUUUCCCUGCAGUGUCACUCCUCAAUUCUCUGGCAUUUAGGAGUUAAAUCACUUUGCACCCUAGUCACACCUCCCUGCAUGUGACUUGCACAGCCUUCAUAAACACUUCCUGUAAAGAGUCAGCUAAUGUUUAUGCUUCCUUCAUUACAAAUUCUAUUUAAUUUAAAAUGUAUUAUCCUCUGCGCUGUCGAUAGUUAGCUAGACCCCACAGAAGCCUCCUGUGUAUGAUUAAAGUUCUCUUUAGAGAGCAGCCAAUUAGAACAUUUUAAGUAAGUUACAUCUAAUUGAAAUUGAAACUAUUUUUCCAUUUUCCUUUCAUGCAUGGAGUGUGAGUGGUUAGGGCUGCAUGGACAAAAACAAAAGGGAUUCAACUCCUAAAUUCCAGAAAAUUGAGUGGUGAGAGUGCAGGGUUAUGAUCUAUACACUAAAACUGCUUCAUUAAACUAAAGUUGUUUUGGUGACUAUAGUGUCCCUUUCAAGUUAAAAAAAAAAGCCUUGCCUUCCCGUUGUCCAGAACUAAAACUAAAUGUCCUGGUUGUUGGGUGAUAGGAAUUCAACUUCCAUGUACAGUGUGUUUGAGCUUCACUGCAGUAGAUAGUGAAUCGUAUGUGCGUGUAUUAAAGAGCCCCUCUAACAAACACAUGCUCGCAAAGUUACCUCCAACCCUCCCUCCAAUAUACACAUGCUCAGAAAGAGGCAUUAUAUAUACCUACAAACAAUGUACAUGUACCCACUCAAAGAUAUGCAUUUAAGGCAAUAUAUCCUAGAAAUAGUUGUUGCCAAGAAACUAAAACAUAACUUUUAUUUCUUCGUGUUAAAAUAUAAAUCAUAAUUUAAAAAACAAACAAACAUAAAAACCAAACACAUUGCUAAAAAGUAGCAGCUAGGGAAAAGAAAUUGUUCAAAUAGUAAACAAUACUUUGUAUCUAUAGCACACUAAAUUCUAAAGUAAAUUCAAGUGGAUAGCUCCCGUAGUAGAGUAGCUGUGCUUAUCACAGAAUUGUCAGGUUAAUUUUCUAACGUUAAGAGUGAAAGAAAGGAAAACACCUUAUUAAUAUUAUCCAAAGUCUUCCCAUAUACUAAUUAUAAAAAAAAAUAUACACUGUGCCUUCGAGGGCACCUACGCUGAAGACAUUCAAAGAAGUGCAGCAGUAACUAUUAGUAAAAAAGAUCUCUAGAUACAUGUGUGCUAUAGAUACAAAAUAGUAACUUAAACUUUGUAUUCUAUUUGUAGCAAUUUCUUUUUCCUAGCCACUACUUUUUAGCAGUGUUUUGUUUUUGUUUUUUAUUACGAUUUUCCAUUUUAACAUGUUGAAAGUUGUGUUUUAAAUUCUUCGUAACUGCUAUUUCUAGAAUGUAUUCCUUUUUUUCUUUCUUGUAUCUUAGUAGGGGUUAUCCCUCUAUUUAGAAGGCCUAGAAUGUUCAUUAUAAUUAUUAUUAUUGCCAUUUAUAUAGCACCAACAUAUUCCGUAGAGCUUUACAAUAUUAUGAGAUUAUGAGAGGGGGGAUUUGACUAUAAAUAGGACAAUUACAAGAAAACUUACAGGAACGAUAGGUUGAAGAGGACCCUGCUCAAAUGAGCUUACAGUCUAUAGGAGGUGGGGUAUAAGACACGGUAGGACAGGAAAUAUCAAUCAAAUAGGGAGGGAGUGAAGCAGAGCUGGAGGAGAGGGUAGAGAGAGCAAGAGACAGGUAUGUAAGGUAGAGGUUACUCUGGGAGGCCAUAAGCUUUCCUGAUUCCUCAUUAAUGACGCUGUACCUUAUUUGGAGACCUUUUAAAAAUGUAACCACAUGGAGAAUGCUCCUGUGUUCUUCUGUUCACCUUUGUGUGACUUCAACACCGAUAUGAAUCAAUAUGAAAUCUUCUGCGACUACUGAAUCAGUUACCACAUUCGCAGAUAAAUGUUUAAUUUUCAUCUUUUGAUUAUAACGUAAAGUCAAUUUCCAUUGAACAUUAGGUGUCCUCUUAAUGUUUUAAUGUUUUAGUUCAAGCAAAAGGUUUUAUUUAUAAGGUGCACGAGAAAAAAUGAAAAACAAUUAAAAGAUUUAAAGCCACCCCUGGCUCAGUCUGCAGGUGAUUAAUUGAGGUAGUUAUUGAAGAUAAUAGAGUGACUGCAGACGCAUUAUGUAGAGUAGAAAUCAACCUUUAAGAAUUAAUUAUGUGAUUAGUAACCCAGAAGAAAAUCUCCAUCUUGAUUCUUAUCAUGGGCUUCUCCAUGUCUACUCUACUUCAAAAGCCUACAGCAGGGCUUGACAAAUAUCCUUGGAAUUUAGGAGCCAGGAUUUGUUUUUUUUAAGGUAGGUAGACCCUGGCUUGGGUGUGAAAUCAGCCUAUGCCUUGCGGUGGCCGAAUGUAGACUCAUCAUAGGAGUCCCAGAUGGAUAGCUCACUCAAGUGGUAAUGUUUGGCAUUCAGGUAAGUUCUGUGUGAUCAGCAGGUGGACCCAAGUUCCAGCGUGUACUGCCGGCUUCACCUUGUGUCUCGAUCUGCUUCUGUGCGCCAUUCAAGUCCUGGUGUGACACUGACUGUUCUCCUUUUGCCCAGUAGCGGACUUAUAGCAGCUGUCAGGUCCCUAGUUGUAGUGGGUCGCAGGUGUGCCUUAAGCCUUGCCCGAAAGGACUCGAUUAGCCCCUCCAAAUGGUGCAGGACAUCCAAUACACCUCUGUAUGGGCCAGGCGCACAUGUGGCAUCCGCCACCUUGGGGUACGCUUGAGUGCCUGUUGCUUGUAUCACGGGUAUGCCGUGCGCCCCUUAGAGUAACAAGGAAGCCUCCUAAAAGUAGACCAGGAUCACCUCCACCAGUCCAAAGGGGGGCGGGAACAGGUCAUUAAUUGGCAGCGCGUGUCCAGGGCGGAGAACGGCCGCUUCUCCACUCUCCUGGGUCCCCUAGGCCGCCAAGCCAGCCCCCAGGCCUCCGGUAGCGUGGACACCCGAGGACAUCAGAACACGCUUCGGUUUAGGAUCACCGGCAGGGCAGCUGGAGUCAACGUUUGUGGUGUAAUCUUCCAAAAUAGCUGUACAAUUAAGAUUUUGUGCUGGAGCAGUGAGCAUGUUGGUUCAUUGCCCAGAGCCAUGCUGAAGAGCUCUGGCAUUAGAAAAAGGCCCUGAAUUUGUUCUGCGCAGCGCAAGCAAAUUUAAUAACAUGCUUGCGCUGUGUUUGCUUUUAAAUUGUCUCUGGUGUCUCCACAAGUGGGAUACCAGAGGACAAAAGGGCCAGGAAAGUGUAUGGUGCAUAUGUUUGGAGCCUGCUUGUGGGAUUGCGUGUGUGUAGAGUGUGGUGUGGUAUUGUGUAAAUAGGUCAAUUUCAUUUGUGUUUGUGGUGUAAUAUGUGUGGCAAGGGGAUGUAGAGAGUGUGUGUAUAGGGGGCAUAGUUUUAUAGGGGAUGCAGCGAGUGUGUGCAUAGGGGCUGAAGUGUGUGUGUAUAGGUGACGUAGUGUGUGUGUAGGCGUUGCAGAGAGGGUGUGUUUAGAGAAUGUUGUAUGUGUUUGCUGACAAGGAAUGUAGUGUGUGUGUGUAGGAGAUCUACUGUGUAAAGGACCCAGUGUGUGUGUGUGUGUAGAGGAUUAAGAGUGCAUAUAGGGUAAGGGAUCUAGUGUGUAUCUGGAGCAUAAUGUGUGUAGUGGUGCAGUGUGAGGGGUGCUGUAGUGUGUGUGUGUGUAUAUAUAUAUAUAAAUAUAUAUAUAUUUGGACUUAUGGUAUGUGUGAGGGGCGCAGUGUGUGUAUGUAAGAGGGGUGCUGUGUGUGAGGGUGUUUUUAUCUGCUGUCACAUUCUAGGUUUCUAAUUUUCUUUGUCUGUUAACUCACUGAGGGUUAUUUUAUAUAUAUAUAUAUAUGUGUGCUGUAUAUGUGUGGGAGUGUGCUGUGUGUGUUUGGGGGUGCUGUGUGUGUCUGGGGGUGCUGUGUGUGUCUGUGGGUGCAGUGUGUGUCUGGGGGUGCAGUGUGAGUUUCGGUGCUGUGUCUGGGGGUGCGCUGUGUGUGUGUGUCUGAGUGAAUGUAUUUUAAAUUUAAAUUUAAAUAUAUAUUUUUUUAUUAAUAAAAAAAAAAAUAUUAUAUCCCCCCCUUCCUUCUUACCUUUAUCCUGGGAGGGGGGGGGAGGAGGAGAUCCGUUCUGCCUGGGGGGUGGGGAGCCAUGCUGCCUUCCCUGGUGGUCCAGUGGUGAGAGUGAACUCUAACCUGCGGGUUAGAGUUCACUCUCGCGAGAUCUGAGCGUUGCUAUGGUAACCGCGGCAACGCUCAGAAUCCCGCGAGAGGACCCGGCGGAGCUGCUUGUUACAGCUCCGCCGGUCCUCCCUCCCCAGCCGGCGGCCGCAUCUCCCUGCCUGUGGGCCGGUGAGGGAGAUCUUUGAUCUCCCCACAGGCCCAUGGAGGCGCACAGUAGGGCCGGCGCUCGGAUAGCGCUGGCCCUGCAGGGGCCGGCAGGGGAGAUCCUGUGAUCUCCCUGCCGGCCUCGGCCCCACGGCCAUCGCGGCCCACCGGGCAUUUGCCCGGUAUGCCCGAUGGCCAGUCCGGGCCUGAUCUAAAUAUAUAUUUCAUAUUACAAAGUGUGUGUCUCUCACAAUUUGUUGGCCAUUGUUAUACAUUAAAAGUGGUUUUGAUGGUCUUGCUGGUGGCAGGAAAUAACUCCUGACUGAGACAACUUGCAUGCAGCUGGUGCUCCUCUGGGAAAGCUUGUUAUUGAGCGAUACAAGUCAGUAAAUUGAUUAAUUCACUAAGUAAAUUCUGCCAUAUAUACCUGAAAUUAACAAACCUGUAGCCUGAUAAUAUCUGGUUUGCCACAUUGAGCGUUAUUGGAGCCGAUUGUCACAGCAGUCCAUGGACACAGUUAAGUUGGGGGAAGCCGUUGAUCCUCUACCCUGAACUAUUCUACCUUUUCUUUGGGGCCUGCUCGGAGUAACCCCCAUUGGAUCAAGAUACUGACCACAUAUCCAUAGGCAGGGAUUGUACCGCCCAGGUGUAUUAUUUUGUAGCUAACUAUUAAGUCUGCAUACUGUAAGUGCAUUUAUUCUGUUUACUCCUAUGAACAAAGAGACAUACUACACUAUAUUCCACUCCUUGUCCUGUUUUCUUAAUACGUAUACCCACAUUUAAGAACUUUUACCAGGUGCUACUUCCUCUUCCUGGAUACCGUCUAAUGGAAAAUGGCAGGACAUGAUGCAGGAGUUGAUAUAUUUAUCCAUAAUUUGGCUUAUGAUAGCUUUUCAUUUUUUCCUAUUUUUUUAUUUUUUUAUUGCAGUGAAAUCCUAAUAUGUUCUAUACAGGUUUUUAAUAAAGCUCUGCCUUCAUACAAAUUGUUAAAGUAACAGUGCUGCUUAAAAGAGUUGGUGUGCAAGUUCUUAAAGCCUCUGAAUUUUCUUUUUCUCUCAUCAUUCUUGAGAGAUCAAAUCUCAGGUCAGUGUUUAUAUAUGCGAUAUCAAACAUCCACUUAUGUUGGAUUCUAAAAUUGUUUGUACUGUCGUAUAUAUUUAGACUUUAGCAUUUUGAAUAAAUUCAUAACUCAAACCUAUUUCAGAAUAAAUAGGUUUUUCCCCAUAUUUUUCUUGGCUUACAACCAUCCCCUUCAUUUAACCCCUUAAGGACACAUGACGUGUGACAUGUCAUGAUUCCCUUUUAUUCCAGAAGUUUGGUCCUUAAGGGGCUAAAUAAUCUUAAAACUACUGCAAAUAUUUUUUAUCCCCCACGUAAAAACUGGUGGGGACGAACCUCCGCUGGUUUAUUGCAAAAUGCAGGUGUAUCAUGUUUUGGUAACAUAUUUUUAAAACUUUUUUUGGUUUAUUUUUAUGCACUUAAGGUGGUGGAUCAUGUUUAUCUUGAAAUGUUGCACAAUCAUUUUUCUGGAUUUCACUAAGGGGAGCACUUGUAAUGUUUUACUGUGAGUUAAAGCUAACACCAGGUGAAUUUUUACUUUUUUAAAGCCGGCAGCUGUAUAUCUAGGUUUUGUAAAUAAGAAACAAAACGCUCCGUAAACAAUUUAUUAAUUUUGUCCAUUUCUGUUUGUUAAUGUGAUUUUAAUGUUGCCAGUAUUUCCAGGAAUUGUCAUUUAUCUCCUGCCUUCCCUGUCCCUUGGGAAAAUUACGAAAUCCCACCUUUCAUCUCUUGUUCCGACCACUAAAUAUCACAAUCUCUUUCGUAUCUAAUGUGUUCAUGUGCACUAUAUUUCAUUCUUUUUUUUUGUAUUCCAUAGUCUGUUCAUGAGUAGCUAUAGUCGUUUUAACACCGAAUGAGAAACUGGGAGUAGUAAAGUGUUAUGGAGUUCCCCUGUAGUCCUGCUCUUUCUUGUCUUUUUUGUAAAUAAAACCAAGGCCAGUGUAAGGAUUUCUGGUGACAUAGUCAAAAACACAUUUUCCCCUUCCUAUAUUAAGGAUGAAUGUGUUCCCUACUAAACUCAUAAUAAAAUUAGUUUGAUGUAGGACGGUCAGUUUGGAUUAAUCUAAUAUUGUAUGUAAAUGAUUGAAAUCUUGAAAAACGGCAUUUGUGCAUAGCCACCAACACACCUUUACUUUUCGGAUGAAGCUACCAUUAUUGUAGAUCCAAGGGCUAUUUGACUAUUUGAUUCAUCUAAACUUGUAGUGUUUGCUUUAAAUGUUCUGAACUUUAGACAUUUUUCAUCUUUGCAGCUGGAGAAACUAAUGCCCACAGUUUAGAAUGUUCUGACCUAUAAUUUUGUAUAUCCUGCUAUUAUCAAAGCUUCUGUGUCACAUUCUCGUACAAUCAUUCACAUGUGGUCUCAAUUUGUAUUCCUUUAAACCUUGUAAUCUCAUUUUGAUGUUGUACAAUAUUUGCCAACUCUCUGUUUUGUACAUAUCUGAAAUUACUUUGACUCUGUCAUUUUGGCAUACUACAUCCUUUUGCUGAUUUGUAUUGACUCUGUUUAAUUUCUUUGUAAUCAGAGGGUUUUUUUUCUUUUCCCUUUUUAUCUUGUUUUCAUUUAUGCGGUUUAGUUAAAAGCUAGAUUGGCUUCUAAAUUUGGAAGAAGCGCCAAUAUUUUUCAUGUUCAGUUUCCACUGACAUCAAUCCAAGUUUGUGGAGAAUUUCCAAGGAAGACCCAAGAGUAAUCUGAAUGUGCCUUUUACGUGACAUUUGAUUAUGAUUCUAAUGCUAGAGAUCCCCGCUGAGUGUCAUUGGCACGUUGGGCUUAAAGGAACACUAUAGGGUCAGGAACACAAACAUGUAUUCCUGACCCUAUAGUGCAAAACCCACCAUUUAGGUGCUUGCCCCCUCAAAAGUUAAUAAAACUCACCAUAUUUCAAUUGCUGCGCCGGUCCUGCCCCCUUGGUGACAUCAGAAUUGACGAUUUUUAACCAAUCCAAUGCUUUCCCGAUUGGCUAAAAUCGGCAAGGGGCAGGGCCAAACAUUGCUUUGUCCAAUCAGCACCUCCUCAUAGAGAUGCAUUGAAUCAAUGCAUCUCUAUGAGGAAAAUUCAGCGUCCCCAUGCAGAGCAUGGAGACGCUGAACGGCAGUGCUGCCUACUGUGCAGCACCUCCCCAGGAAGCACCUUCAGUGGCCAUCGGAGGAGUCGCUACUUGUAGGUGUCCCUAGAGGCAAUGUAAACACUGCUUUUUCUCUGAAAAUGCAGUAUUUGCAUGAAAAUGCAUGCAUACAAUGAUUAUACUCACCAGAACAACUACAUUAAGCUGGGUAAAACAUCAUGUGUUGAAUCUGGCGCCCAAUUGCUCAGCUCAGCUAUUUCUGCACAGAUCAAAGCUUGAACUGGGAGCCACUGAUAGGUCGAAAUUGUCAUCUUAUGUUCUCAGCCUAUCCGCUUCCGCCCACAAAACAGCUAGAGAAAAAUGCGCACAUUUAUCGAGCCAUUUUGUGAAUGGGGAACUACUGACUCUCAUUCUGUUAGCAGCUCCCAGACCACAGCUUACUGAUUAAUUUCCACUUUCAGAAAAAAGUUGUUACAGUGCCCGGAAUGUGCCUUUAAAAAGACCGGUAUGCUUCAACAUGCAGAAAACUACUACAUGAUAUGGCAUUGUGCCCUUUCUGAUCACUGACUAGGUUGUUGGAUUUAAAUAAGCUAAUGAACAAGCCGAUCAGAACAUAGCUCUGAUUCCACAUGUAAUAGUUAGGCAUCCCUUCCCCCCCCCUUUUUUGUCCCCUUAUAGCUGUCAUCAUCAGCUAUCUUUAAAAUGGAGAUGGCUCGGAUACUGACAAUUGAACAGAAAUUUACUUGAAUUUGUUGUAUUUUAGAUUGAACUCCGUAGUGUUUCUUUGCAUGAUUGUUCUAGCUUAGCUAGUUUGCAUUGAUAAUGGGGUAUUGUGGUGAUGACACUAGCCUGUUUAGAAAAAAAAGAAAAUCUCUUCGCUGUUAAGAAGAGAUAAUGGAUAAAGUACCUUAUCUGCUUUUCUUUCUCUGUCAUCGCUGUGAAGAGUAGUCUGCUUGCGAGGAAACAGAACAAUAUCACAUGCAAUGCAUUCCUUUCAAGAAAAAAAUAAAAAUAAAAAAUCGCAGGAGAAAGUAGACUGCUUUGUACUUGAAAUGCACUUUUUUUUUGGAAAUGUGGUUCAUAGCACAUGAUUCAUCGCCCAUUUUUAGACAUGUAGAAGCUGGGGAUUCAUUUAUAGCCAUGCCAAGGAUUAAGUAGAGAGCAAGUGAUUUUUUAAAUUUAUUUAAGUGAAUCAUUUUUAGAAAUAAUUUUGAUAUCAAUUCCCGGCAAGUGAUUUAAAAUUUUUUUUUUUAAACAUACAGUAUAAGCCAAAUUUUUGGAACCACCGAAAUACCUGUAAGAUGCAUAAUGUUACAGUCAUCUUAUCACGAUGUAAAAUGACAUGUCAAGAGUUUUUUGUUUCACCUGGUUAGAUGUGUCAGUUUAAUUUUAGUGUUACAACACAUCAAAGCACAUACAAAACAUCCACAGCAAAAAGCAUCCAUUUCCGUAGAUAACUAUGUGUUUAUUUAUAUGCUUAAAUAAUAUAUAUCUUCAGAUCUGGAGCUGCAUACAUCAAAGACUAAUCAUAAGAAAAAUAAUGCAAGCCUUCUGAACCUAAUUAUCCUGUACUUAUUUUAGGUUUAAUUUCCUUUUAAUUAAUACGCAUAAAUUCCAUUGAUAUCCUAGGACAUCCUGCAGUUUAUGUGUGGCUAUGAAGGAAAUAAUUAAAUGUAUUUCAGUCCAUGACAUCGAGAUAAUGGAAAAAGCGUAACGCUUGUAUGAGACGGGAUUAUUGCUCUUGUUUUCGUUUUUGCACCCACAUGUUGUGUAAUAUUGUGUUUUUUUUUUUAUAAGGUAGACCUUAGAGAAGCAUUGCUAAAAGCAUGAUUAAAGUCUUGGAGAACGCCAUUUUGAACUCAGGGAUCAACAUGACCCAUCAUUUGCUAUAAUGGUUCAGGGACCCACAUAGGUUCUAGAUGGCAAAGACCGUUUUAGGUCAUAUCUAAUCUAUACAGUAAUGAGAUGGGUCUUCUUGAGUGUGUAUCCCUUGGUUCUGAGAGCAGUGAUAAAGUCUGCCAAUAGGACCAUCUAUGGGUAUGUGCGUGUUCCUAGCACUCCAUGUAAAUACCUUGUUUACAUGGGGACAUGUGGCAUAGGAAUUUUAUAUUUUUUUAUUUAGCAGAAUUAAAGAGAUAAAAUACAGCAUGAAUGUGAGUCCAGAGCACACAAACAAAUACACUUAAGUUGUGUUGGUGCCGGAGCGUUUCUUGAAAUAUUGUACCUAUUAGCACUGGUAGGCCUGAAACUGAUGUAUGCAACUCCAGAUCUGAAGAUCUAAAUUUCAAACACUUUUACGGUCAUCAUCUUUUACAUUUCAUCAAAAAGACGUAUUCGAGAUGACAUGAGUACGAUCAUGAAAAAACAACAACAACAAAAAAACAAGGUGCAAGAGAAUACUGAUAAUGGAAAUAGCUCAAAUAGCUUGCUGUCUGGUGGGUCCCUGCUUAGUUCUCAGGUUGGUUUUAGCCUGUCUUGUGCCAUUACAGAGAAGACCAAAACCACAAAAGGGUGGACAAAUAAAAAAUGCAGACUGGAUCUCCAAGAGACACCUCAAAACCCAGACAAUUGUUUCGGCCUUCUUGGGUCUCAUCAGUAAGGUGUAGCUAAUACCCCUCUAGGCACAGGGAGUAAGGUGUCCAUGUCUGGAUUACCCUUUUACCGUAGUAAGAGCUAAAAAAAAAAACAGGGUGCAAAAGAAUACUGAUAAUUCACAACAGCUCAAGUCGCUUGCCCUUUGGUGGAUCCCCAUUCAUUCUCAAGCUGGCUUUACCUCAUCUUGUGUUAGAAAGAACCUAAAUCAUUGCAUAUCCCACUGAACCUAUCCAAAAGACAAUGACUGCUGACUUAUUGUGUGUGUUGCUUUUUUUCGGUCAGAGUCCUUUGGUCGGUAUCUGCACACUGCCCGCUCCCAAUGUAUUUCACUUUGUAGGCAGAUCCCAAUAACCUCUAAUUGCUGUUUUUUUUACAGCCCCAAAUCACUGCCUUUUUGUGGUUUCUGACCUCACAGCGCGCUCAUGACUUAUUCUUUAUUUUUUUUACUGUGGAUUUAUUGCUUUUGAUAAAGUUCCUGAGACUUGUUAUCCCUGACCUGCCUUGCUAUGCGUUCAUCUUUAUUUCUAAAAUACCUGACCCAGCUUGUUUAUCCACUGUGAGUUCCACUGGCUCCCAAUACCUUGGCUAUUUUUGACUACUCAAUCAUGUUAUUCCACCUCUUAUGACCACUCUGCAGCUUGGUAACAUACUUUGUCAUUUUCGUUUCUAUUCAACCGUUUCUGAUCUGUACUUAGCAUUUUGAAGAUUGGUCUUGACCUUGACAUUUUAGUUUUCUAAGAAUACUAAACAAGUGUUUGAAUUUUUAAGACUUCCAGUAAUUGUUGCAUUACAAUUUAUUGAUUUGAUAUACUAGUAGCAUGAGAAAAAUCUUUCACUGGUUUUUAAUUGCCUUACUUUGCAAUAAUGUAUACAUGCAUCGGAUUUGUAGUUGAGAGAGAAUCAGGGGGUUAAGUUUAGACAGCCCGGAUGGUAGCAGAAUAUAGAUGCCCUGUGCAUGGUGGAGCUUUUCCAUUAUACAGUCUGGAGACAUACAUUUGAAUAUGUACGUGUGGAAGAGCAAGCACUGUACAUAGUUUAUACACUUGCAAUAACAGUUUAUGUAAUGGUAGAACGGAAAAGGUAAAGCCUUGGACAGUUUACGGACAUAAUACAUUCUGUAUGUGUAGGUACGGUCUUUGCUUGAUUAUGAUAUUGAUCUUGUUGAGAGAAAAAAAAAGCAAAGGCCUGAAUAUACACACAAAUGCACACAUUUUGACAUAAAUAUCAAAAUUAGAAAAUAAAGCAAUUACCUUUUGUUUCUUACAGCAAGAAACAGAGCAGCUACAAAAGAAAAGAAAAUAUUGUUAAAAUCUUUAAAAAAAAAAAAAGUGUGAACCAGUAAACUUGGUAUUACGUGCUGUAGUUAAAUAACUUUGUUACUGAGUAAGCAAUUCAUACAAUGUACCCUCCUGACUGCUAUUACUAUCAAUACUCUAUGAAAACCUGGAAGUCUAAUAGUAACAGUUUCCACUUACUAUCUGACCCUGCAGCUCGGGCAGCGAUAUUUUGGUGGACCCCUCGGAACACACACAUUAUGAUCCCUGCAUGGCGACCCACAGAGCAGAGCAACACGUGCACAGACUACUUCUAGCCAGACUAAAGCAAUCUAUUGUGACCAGGCCCCUGUUUAGCAAUUCUUAUCGGGUGGCCCUAAAGUGCAUUGACAACCUAAGCACGCAGGCCGGCUGCACUGGCGGUAGUUCCACCACUGUCAAUGGGGCUGAUCUGAGGUCUGAUUAAAAAAAACAACUUUGAUUAUAAGACGGUCGUUUUUUCAGAAGUUUUUUACUGAAAAAACCUUAUCUUGUAAUCGAGAAAACAUGGUAUUUACUUACGCUUAUGGCAACGGUUUUUUAUUUUCUUUAAUUAUUUUUUUUGUACGUUUAUAUCUGCAUUCAUAGUGUUUAUGAGAACUCUGCUUGGUUUUAAAAUUCCGCUUUUUUGCAUUCUUAACACACAAACAUACUCUUAUGAGACACCAUUUGUCUUGGCUAUCAUCGCUCUUUCUAUCAGCUGUACGGAAACUAAUGAAGAUGAUUUUGUUUCUGGGCUCAGAACAUGUAAAACAAGUUGUACGGAUUGUCACCCAAGGCAUGAGGCAAAGUAGGACAUUUAUACUUGUUUUUAAAAAGUGCUGUUCUACUUACUCGGCGUAACAAGAAAUCUGCCUUUUUAUGUGUAUUAGAUAAUGUAUGUCAUACAGAAAAUUCUGUGCUCUUAGGAGAGUGGCUAGCUACUAAUGAGCAUACAGUUGUGUAAAUGAUUUAUUGGUAUUUUCAGACUGGCUGCUGUGUAGAAAGGCUAUGGUGCAUUUGGUUCUGGUUUUCAUCAUAUCAUUUUUAAGCAAUUUGACAAAAAUAUAGGAUUCCCCAACAGUCUAAGCCAACUCCCUCGUCUAAAUGUGCAGUUUAAUAUUUGUACUGGUCGGCCAGAAACAACUGUAAGUUAUGGUGUUUGAAGCAUUCCUUUAUUUCACUUGGAAUAUAUAUAUAUAUAUAUUUAUUUUUUAUUAUUGUUAUUAUAUAUUUUAUUUUAUUUUUUCUUGGAAGGUAUACUCCUAUUCACAAACUGUAAAUAAUGCUUGUUACACCUUGAUUUGCAGGUUAUUGAAGAAACUUUAAGUAGGAUUUUGCGUAAGUGUUUUUUGUAUUUCCAGUCCAAAUCUACAUUCUCGUACACCAUGUAGAAGACCAGGCAGUCUUAUUUACAAAAAUUUCACUCACACCGAAAUCAUGUUAAUACAGAGGAAGAGUGACUUUGUGAGAACCUAUCUUAGGGCAAACACAGUAAGGAUUUAUACUGGGAAUAUGAGUUAGAGGAUUCAAAACUAGAAUCAAGGGCCAGUCUGGAUCAGCAGCAGGUAUCUUGGAUUAUAUAAACACAGGAACCAGAAAAUAUUGAGAAUAAUAGAAAUGACCAUGAACAAAAAGGAAAGCCAUGUCAAAAUGAUAAUUUUUAUCAAUGAGAAGAACACUCACAAAAAUAAAAUUAUGUGAGCAUCCAUGGAGUGGAACUAAGUGAUUAAAAAAAAAUGAUGGCUGUUAAAUACACAGUAAUAGCCACUCAAAACCCUGUUAAUAGGAUGCCGCUUUAUUUGUACUCAACAUAGAUUUGAUAGCAGAGGGUGCUAAACGAAACUCAGAACUAUGCGUAUAUGUAGAGGUAUUGUGGUGCCCACAGAGACUGAACACAAUAGGAGGCAAGCUAAUACAAUAGCAGAGCACUGAGCCUCAGACUUACCAUGUUAAUAAGCAGAACCCAUCAUAACUUGAUUUAUAACUAUGGGGCACAUCAGCAAGCAUGGAGCCAGAGUCACAUGUAUGGAAACAUGUGGAGAGCUUUGAAAUCAGUCCCUCGAAUGUUUUCAGUGCUACACUUAACCAGAUGUGUACAAAUUGGUUUAUAUUGAAAAUUCACUUUUCUCUCUCUUGAGAGUUAAUCUAAUUUCUGAAACAUCAUAAACUCAAAACAUAUUUUAAUUAUCUGCACGUCUACAGUUCCUUGAAUCCGUGUGCUAUGUUUAAUCCACUCGGAACCUUGUUUCAUGCAUCUUCUGCGAUUCCUUAUAUCCUUUCGACCUUCUUUUCAACUGGAGCGGGUUUCCAUUCCUGUUUGCUGAAUGAUGGUUUCGUUAAGAUGAAUUUUUGGUUCAUUUGUAUUUUUAUAUCAGCCCUGCUAGUAUUCGUCAAGUUCAUUUCAGAACAAGCUGUCUGUUGUUUCAUUUUAUUAUUUUGUUCUAAGGCCCCUUUUCAGGUAUUGUGUUUUAGCCCAUUGGGAACAGGUGCCUUUGUCUGCUUUUUACAGCUUUGAACAUGUCCUCCAGUUUCCAUUUUUAAUCGUAAAAGGCUUUUUUUUUACCUGUGGCAAAAAAAAAAAAAAGAUUUUCUAAUGCCAUCAGGUUUGCAAUUGCAGUUUUAUUCUUCCAAUGUUCUCCUGUGUUUUGUCGUUCCUAGUAAUAUCUCUCAAUGGACAACCUUCAUUACCCUAAUGGGGCAUCUUUUGGGAGAUUCACUGGGGAUAUAUUUGCUGCAAGGCUUACUCAGAGGGCAAUUGUGAUUUGGCAGGAUAUUAAAGGGAAACUGUCACUUUCUAGAAUUGUUAAUAUUAUAUUUACUUAUGUACUUAAAAGUACUUUUCGUUCUUUCUUUUCUUUUUUUACAUACAAUUAAAUGUAGAAAUCAACACUUUAUCAACAAUCUAGUCUGCAAAUGAGUGCCUCCAUAUUAGCUGCUUGUUAAUCAUUGUUGUGUGUCAUUUUUUCGCCUUGCAGUCAGUAUAGAGAAAGCAUACAGAGAGGAGAAGGGAAAAUGUUUUACUUAUUCUAUAGUGCAUGCUUUACACUAAACAGGUUAGUGAUGUUGUUUCUUAAAUCUUUAGAAUAUGUUUAAUACAAAACUUUGCAUCACAUACAAAAAGGUUAACGCAAGUCAUAGGUGUUUUUUUUCAGUGUUUUAUGCAAUAGUGUAAUUUCCAGAGGAGUGACUCGUCCCCUUUACAUGAACCAAUUACAAAAUAUGGGAUCACUAAAACUGACAUAUAGGUGUCCCUGCUUUUAGUAAAACUUAGCAUGUUGCAUAGGUUCAGAAUCAGAUUCAGGGGCUGGUAAAGCGGGUAAUCCGGUUAUCAUUGAACGAGGAGCUGUUCUUCCUAUAGCCCUCCUUUGUCUAUCUAAAUGAAGAUGCUUCUGUCUAACCCUUAUAUCAAUGUCCGACAUGUAUUGUAUAAGGUCUUCUAGGAGUUCUGGUAAAUCCCUAGCUGCCACUUCAUCCUGUAAGGACUCAAUAAGACCCUCAAAAAACACAGCUGUCAGAGCACUGUUAUUCCAAGUCAGCUCAGAGGCCGAGGUACGAAAUUCAAUAGCAUAGUCGGCCACUGAGCUAGAUCCUUGUUUGAUUUUUAACAGUGCUCUGGCUGCUAGUCUCUUUCUGCCUGGGGGAUUGAACACAUUACGAAAAGUCCUGAGGAACAGUUCAAGAUGGAAAACAAUCAUAUCAUCAUUCUCCCACAAGGGAUUUAUCCAAGACAGGGCUCUGCCCUCUAAUAGGUUCAUAAUGAACGCUAUCUUGGACCUAUCAUGGAAUGAAUCAGGAGCUACUUCAAAAUGUACUCCCACCUGGUUCAAUAAUCCCCAGAAUAACGAUGGUUCCCCGGAAUAACGAAGAGGGGGAGUUAGGUGAAUGGAUAGAGUGGAAUGAGUCGCAGAGGGUAGAGAGACAGCACCUUGAGAACUACUGUCCUCUGCCUCUGGUUGAAGACACGCAGUUCUAGUGAGGAUAGUUUGCAAGGCUUGGGCAAACUGAUCCAUUCUAUGGUCUAACCCAUCUAUUCUAUUUUCAUAUGCUGCCAUUUGUUGUCCCAGGUUUGCAGGGUCCAUGGCCCUGUUGUAAUGUCAAGGUUAAUACUCCCCAACACGCAAACCAGAGAACAAUAAAGGCAAGCACAGGCAGACUUAUUACCGGACCUUAAAGUGUCCGGACUUAACGUAGGAAUAAGAUAUAAGAAUAGUCAGACACGCCAAGGUCAGGGAUAUAGAGGUACAGGGAAGCGAAUAGACAGAGCCAAAAGUUCAGUACUAUCACUUUAAAUGCUAAGGUCACGUCACCCCUGUCGGCUACCGCGUGUGCGCACGUCCUCGGACGCCCUCCCAGACGCACGCACGCCUGACGCCAGCCAGAGAUCUGCACAGCCCGGCAGGAGAGGACGGACGGCGGGACCGGGACGGCGCAGGACACAAGGUAUGACAAAAUGCCACCGGAAACUAGGUUUCCUCUUAUUAAUUCACAACAAAUUGCUCCCUUAUUUUGGAGUGUGAAGAGCUAGCUUCAGUUGUGUAUUGUGUGCCAAGCAUUUUCAACAGAGGCAAACAGCAGUCAGAGUUUUGUCAGCAGGUUAAUUAUUUCCUUCACCACUUAAAAUCUCAAGCACCCACAAAAGCCAAGCAUCUUGUUGCACUCUGAAGACUAUUAUGUAUUUAUUGCUUUGAAACGUAGCCGAUGAUUUGACCUUAUCCACUCAGUUUUCAAUCACAGUGAAGGAUUACGAAGUCCACAUAUUAGAGUCUGACUUUUCAGUCCGGCACGCGUUUGGAUAGACUGUAUCCCUAAUUGUUAGUGAGCAUUAGUGUAUGUGUUUGUAUGUGUCCUUCUGACCUCAUAAAACAGCUAAGAUGUACGGAAAAAUAGAGAGGUUAGCUGGGGGCAUGUGAAUUCUGCAGAGAGAUUUUAAAGAUUGUGUUGCUUAGGUGAUGUAUUUUCAUUUAAAAUUCUAGAGUUAUCUAUUGUAUUGCAUUGCAAAAUCCAACACCUUCGAUAUAUACAUAUCACGUUACUGAAAAUGAUGAGUAAGUAUAGUGCUUGCUUGUCUUUAGUAGUCGAUAAGUGUUCAGGAAACGUUAACCUAGAGGCAAGACACAUAUUGGCUUACGGGCUCGUUCACUAAAAUUUAAAUUGUCGGAAAUGUAAAGAAAGUUUCACAUUUUAGGCUGAAAUAGCUAUUUGGGUUUUCCAAGUUGGCUAUUUUUACAUCAACUUUACAUUUACUUUGAAUUCAGAAAAGUUUGCAUUAUUAUUAUUAUUAUUACUGGUAUUUAUAUAGCAACAGCAUAUUCCGUAGCGCUUUACAAUAUUAUCAAAGGGGGAGAUGUAAGUAUAAGUGAAAAACCUUGUCGCUUUUCUAGAGUAAACCUAGGUAAGUCUCUUUAUUAAACUGAGUUGGUAACCGACUUGAAAAAUAACUGUUAUAUUUUGGCAUAAACUCUGUCGGCAGUACACGUCUUCUCACUGGUUAGUUUAUGAAACCUUUCGUCAGCUUAGUGAAUUUUACCAUCUUUUUCAGCCCUAUUAUUUCAAAUUUGCAACAUCAAUUUGCCUGAAGCAUGUCUGUCUGAGGCUCACCAGCUGUGGUUGUAUCGUAAUUUAGAUAUAUUUUAACAAGUGUCUAUAGCAGGCUGAGCCUAAUGAGAGGUGUAGUGUAACAGAAACAAGGCUUUUAUAGGAGAUUAAUAUUUAUUUUUUUAAAUUGAUAUAUAUCCUUUUUUAAUCUCCUGCAUAAAUGUUUGUCACAUUCAUGUCUUUACAGAAGCUGCCCUUGAGCUAUGAUUUGCAUAAUAUUCUUCAAGUGUCUGAACUCUAAUGGAAUAUAACACUUUGUGGCCCUGAGUCACAAUGAUCUAUUUCAUAUUGUUUCCAUGGGGAUUACAUGACAAAAGGGCUGUACAUACCCUCAUAGGGCACCCUAUCAUUAUACAGAUAACAUUUUUUUUCACUUGUAAUGAGCACCUUAGUAUCAAGCAGACACUCUUAUAAAGUCUUAUGUUUAUUGAUCUAUCUAUCUAUCUAUAUAUAUAUAUUUGAGCCAUGUACCAUAAAAAUCACCAUACAUCUCCCCACGGUGCAAAAAAAAAACAAAAAAAAAAUACAGUAAUGCAUCACAUGCAUACCUCAAGCUGGACUUUGAGGGGUCCUUCUAGGGAAUAGAAACUCACGAAAUCAUGUUCUUGGCUUGAUAUGCAAAUGAGCACAGACAGACAGCAGAUUUCAAACUGCAUUUCUGCAGAUACCCUUCGCAAUGAACACUGUUUUAAAAAACAUAUUUUUUUAAAACCAAAGCAUGGGCUUUGAUUCAAAAGACUCAGUGACCAGAAACCAGUCAUGGACUAUAGUUUUAACAUUGUGGGUCCCAUCAGCAUUGUGCUGGCUCUGGUCUCGAAGUUGAAGUUUCUCUGAGAGCAUCUAGCUGGUUACUAAAAAGAUUUUGGUGAGACCAAACACAAUACAACGAUUCAGUCUUUUUGGCACUGUACUAGGUGAUGUGAGGCUGGCAUGCAGCUUCUCGGCCAUUGAAACCCAAUUGAUGAAGCUCCUGUCACAUGGUUUUGUAAUAAUAUUAAUGCCAGUGGAAGUUUGGAACUCUUCAGCAGAGUAUUGGCGACUUUUAUGCACCACGUUCCUCAGCACUCGGUGACCUAACUCUGGGAUUUUGUGGCUGGAUGGCUGCUGUUCCUAUACAUGUCCACAUUCCAAUAAUAUUACUUACAGUUGACCGUGGAAUCAGGGCUGUACCUUACGCGAGGCUGACAAGACAUUUGCCUUGGGUGGUACUUUCAGGAGGGCAGCAAAAAUCCCCGCCCCUCAUGCGCCCUGGCAAAUGCCUUGUCAGCCUCUUUCAUGGGGGCGAAGGAGGCCCCCCCGAGGCGGGCAGCUGCCAAUAUUACGGACGGGCGGUGAGGGAGCGCUGUACUCUGAGCUCUUACUCCUCAGCUCCCUCGCGUGCCUAUAGUGAUGCCGGGAGCCAUAAUAUGACGUAAUUACGACUCCCGGCAGCACUAUAGGCGUGCGAGGGAGCUGAGCAGGAAGAUCACAGCUCCCUCGCCGCCAACAUUGACCAGACGCCUGCCUGCCCACUGAGGAGCACAGGAGUCUGCACAGCCGGCCAUACAGCCCAGCACCUACACUGGAUCCCAGGGACAUCAGCUCCUCAGGACCCCCAGGUAAAGAAUCCACUCCAGCUCUCCCAAAGGUAGGGAGGCUGGGUGGAUUUUAUUUUUUUUAAAUAACAAUUUGUGAGUGUGUGAGGCAAUGUAUGUGAGUGUGUCACUAUCAGGGUGUGUUUCAGUGUUUGUCUGUCAGUGUAUGUGUGUCAGUCAGUGUAUGUCUGUGAGUAUGUGUGUCUGUCAGUGUAUGUCUGUGAGUAUGUGUGUCUGUCAGUGUAUGUCUGUCUGUCUUUUAGUAUGUGUGUAUGUCUGUGAGUAAGUAUGUGUGUCUGCCAGUGAAUGUCUGUCAGUGAAUGUGUGUGUGUAUACGGGGAUUUCUCUGUUAGUGUGUGUGUGUCUAUAAGUGUAUGUCUGUGAGUGUCUGUUAGUAUGUGCAUGUGUCUGUUAGUUUUGUCUGAGUGAUAGUGUGUUUCAAAUCAAACUGAUCAAAUCAGUGAGUGUGUAUUUAUGUAUAUCUGAGAGGGUGUACAUGUCACUGAGUGGUUGUAUCAGUUUGAAUUAAAGUACUGAGAUCUUAAAUAUAGUGUUUUUAAAUCAGUCAAACAAAACAUGAACAAUUGAAACAUGAAAGGAAUAACCUCAGAGUUCAGCUUAAUCUUUGUAAUAUUUUCCAAUGUGUGAUGUAUAUUUGUAAAAGACAGCACAUGAAAGAUGCCAUUUAGAUAACUAUGAUGGGAUGGGAACUAAACAUCAUAGAUAGCAUGACACACAGCUACGAAAAGGGUACAUAAAAUAAGUAAAGGUUUGUUUGUUGUUUUAUAUUUUUUACUCCAAAUUUUGGGAAAAAAUACACUAUUUUUCUGUCCGAAUUUUGCCAAUACCUCCCUUUUACAACCUUAAAUUGAUGCCAAAAUAAAGCCCCCACCAUCUACCCACAAAACAGCUGUAAGUUACCGACAAUUCUCAAAUCUCACUCAAAAUUAAUUAAUAUAAUUUGUCCCAUGUAUGUAUAUAUUAUCCAAGGUUCGACCGAUUAUCGAUUUGGUCUGUUAUUAGAACCAAUAUUCAAAUUUUUUUCUUAUAAUCUGAAUUGGUCUGAAGUGUCACUCCUGUCAAUGGUGACCUCAUGUCAUUCCUCCCUGCUGUGAGCACUCGAGUGGGAGGUGCAGCUCAAGGCAGUGAGGUGAAAGAGUGAGUUACCAGUGUGGAAUGAAGAAUAUGACUAUCCCAAAAUGUUUCAAGCCAGCCUUGGAGGGUCGAAUGUGGCAAUAUGGGAGUGUGUUGUCCCAGCUUUAACACUCUAUCCUCUCACUCCAACCGUGCACACCAGCUCAUCUCCCCCUACGCGCACCAGGAAUCUCCACGCGACACACCACCUCAUCUUCCCCCAGACCUCUGCACACUUAUCUCUCCCUUGCAUGGCAGAGCAUCUCCACCGCAUGCAAGCCAGGCAUCUCUCCCACUGCGCACACUGCAGGCAUCUCUCCCCUUGUGCAUACUGCAGGCAUCUACCCACACAUACCACCUUAUCUCCCACAGACCCCUGCACACCAACUAAUCUCUCUCUCGCACACCAGAGCAUCUCUGUUUAAAUGCAUGUAUCUCCCUAUGAUACAACUUCACAGUCCUAUCAGUAGCAGCACUGUACAUGUGGGGAUCUCAGUGAUAAAUUAGUGAUUUGAGUGGAAUUGCCAUCAGCAUGUUUAGUUUAGUUAAUGAUUUUUGUUCAAAUUGUGCUGCUUUUUCAAAACUUUACAUGUACAUAAUAUCAGCACCAAUCAUCAGCAAUCAUCCUGAAAGCCGACCAACAAUCUGUAUCAGCAUUGUCUAUGGAAAAAUGAUAUAGCUUGUUUCCUAAUAGUAUCCUUAGGUAAUCGGUUAGGCUUUAUCUGUAAGCUACAGUUGAUAAACCUCUAAGCACAAUGGGCAAGGAAGGGGUCCAUCAUUGUUUGAUUCCCGCUUUUAAACUUAGAUCAUUCAGAUAGGACUGACAGCUACAGGUUCAUGCUGAGAAAGUUCCAAAGUCCCUUCUUUAUAGUCUCAUUCCAAUAUAAUUGGCGUAUUUUUAUAGGCAUGCAUUACUCUAUAUUUAGUAUUCAUGGAAAAGUUUGUUCAAAUUCCCACUGACUUUUCAUAAGCUUCCUGUGUUUAAAGGAAGUUUCAGCACCAUAGUGAUGUAAACCCGUGUCUGGCAUAUAUACAUUUGUAUAGACAAUGUGGAUGUAGUCCGUGAAUAUUUUGUGUGUGUGUAUAUGUUAGAUUUAUUCUGUAUUCUAUACUUCCUCUAUGUACAAUGUAAACCUUUGUGUAUAUCUUAAGUCUGAAACUCUGUACAACAUCUGGUUCUUUACUCUAAAGUAGCUUUUCAUAUUUUACCAGUGGGCCUUAUUCACUAAAGUGUGAAUUAUCAGGAAUUCAAAGUGUACCCUUUACAUGUUAGGCCAAAAUAGCCAAAUAGAAGUCACAUUUUUCCAUUUCGGCUAUUUUAGCAUAAACUUUCAGUUUGAAUUCCCAGCAGUUAUUAUUAUUAUAUUAUUUCUAUAGCGCCAUCAGAUUCCAUAGCGCUGUACAAUGGGUGGACUAACAGACAUGUUAUUGUAACCAGACAAAUGGACGCACAGGAACAGAGGGGUUGAUGGCCCUGCUCAAUGAGCUUACAUGCUAGAGGGAGUGGGGUAUAGUGACACAAAGGGUAUAAGUAGGGGUAAUGAAAUAGGUUGCUAGAAAAGUAUUCACUGGGAACUUAGUAAGUUAUUUUUGACAGUUGCAGGAGAGGAGUCAUGGGGGGGUGGGGGGGGGGAGGGGAAUGAAAACCCGCUAACCGUUUAAUUGAUAUGCUUUCCUGAAGAAGUGUGUUUUCAAAGAAUUUUUGAACUAGUGGAGACUGGGUGAAAGUCUUACGGAGAAAGUUCAUACUUUAGUGAAUAAUCCAGUAGGUGUUUUGGUGUCAUUGUUUGAUGCACCUCGUAUGCAUGAAUCUGUAUCUAAAUUAAAAAAGCAAAUAUUUGCUAAAUACACAAUGGUGGUUAGUAGUUGUAAAUUUAAAUUCCAAAUACGCACAUGAAAUUGUACCUUAAAAAGGCCAGCAUGGAUAUAACAUGGGUGAUGAAAUGUAUAAAACACAAACAGACAUGAUCUAGUCUCGAGUGACUGUUCUUUUAUUUGUAAUGAGCAGAGUGGUCCUGAAUGCAGCUCCCCUUAAAAAAAAAAAAAAAAGUAUGCUCAAUGUAUUUUCCGAAUCUACGUCAUGGCAUUGAAUGGGAGGGUGUUAAAAAUCUGGCACAACCACUGUUUUGUACUACAAUUCCCAUAUUUUUUUUUCCUUUUUUAUUUUAUUGUGCAUGAAAUCAUAACAUAUUGGUCUACAAUGCCCCAACAGCAUGUGUAGUAUACAGAAUUUCUUAACAGUUGUUCAGCAUUAUGAUGAUACAGCACUUUUUAUAUAUAAUACAUUUUAAGCAACAAGGGCAAUGUCGUGUGUAUGUAAUGAGAAGGCUGGGGAUUUACAAUGUAUGCCAGAGCCACUGAUAGUGUAAUGUAGCCAUGAAAGUGGUAUAAAGUGUACGAAAAGAAAGGUAUAACUGCUUGCUUGUGAGCCGCAAGCGCCGAUAGGCCUUUCAUAGUGUUCCAGAGGUGGCCAUGACAGCAGUAGCCAGUGACCCAGUGUCGCUUAAAGGCCUGAGGAGGCCAUUAUACCCUGGUUGUCACCUAUUCAACUAUAGGUGUGUAAAGCAGGAUAGUGCCACUGAGGUCUGGGGUACUGAUUCAGGCAAAUAUAUGGAGUGCCGUGUGUAGCAGAUCUGGGGUAAGUCGGAUUAAUAACAGUGUCCAAUAUCUCCUGGACACCACUGGGGGGUCAGGGGUGGGGGAGGGGGGUCAGGGGAGUUGUGCGUGUGCUGGAACCAUCAUUUUCAUUCACUUGGCCUGUCUGAUGUUUAAUGCAUGUAUAGCAUAUUUUACAUUCAGACCGUUACUUUUUAGAAGAAGCAGAAUGCAAGAGACAAAGAUCACAGCCAUUGCCCUAUUAAAAUUUGUUUUGCCACAGCAGAUGGUGUAAGUGCUAGUAGAUUCACCGUAUCCAGAUGCUGUGGAUAAACAGUUGCACAGACUCCAGCCAGACUUAAAGCACCCAUACAGGCUGGCUCCAACAUAAUAUACAGCCCCCCCAGAACAUUAAAUAAAGCCAAAGGUCUAUUUGUAGGAUAAUUUGUUUAACACAGCCUGUCUCCCAGACUCCAUAUUAGCUGUAUAAAUGUUGAUUCCUGUUAAAUCCAAUAAGGGCACUUACAGACCUGGGAGCACUGUGCGUUUUGUUGGACGCUGUAUUUAUUUGUUAUUCCAGUUAGGAAUCUAUAUUAAGUGCAAAAGGGGUGCCUGUUAGUGGUUUAGUGGAGCAGACUGUGUGAUUAAGUUGCUGCAUGCAAUGCAUAUACAUCACACAGUCAAAUAGUGUGAAGAACACUUGAGUCAAUGACCUGGAUGUGCACACUGCUCGAUGAUCAUUUAUUAAAUUUAAAGUGCUGUAAUACAUCAUAUGUAAACAUAUCCACUAGUCUCUCUAUAUUUAAUAUUCUGACAUUAGCCUUCCUUUCAUGUGUCCCCUGCAGAAAAUUAAGGAAACUAAAUUUGAAGACUGGAAGAAUAUCCGUGGCCCUCGUCCUUGGGAAGACUCAAAAUCCUUUCAGGAUCAACAGAGGGAAACUGAACUCUCCAAAAAUGCCUAGCAUGGUCUACCAGUGAAGGAAAAGCAACAUACACUGCGUACAGCAAGAUAUUUAUUGCUAAUUCACCAUUUGGGAAUGAUGGAUGGAAAUAUCACCUCCAAUGGUGUUCAACUUCCAUUCAUCCAGGAACCAUAAUUUCACAGGCCCGUAUUGACACCCCGGCUGAUCUAUGGAGCGAGUGAACAUGCUUCACUGAUUACUAAUAUUAGAUUUUUCCUUUUGCCGGGAGAGCCUUGAUGAACUGUUAACCAUGAUUUUGAUUUUCUGAUUGUUUUCUUAGAUGGGUUUAUGGUUUGUUUGUUUUUUUAAUUAUUUUUUUGUUUUGUUUUUCUGCACUUCUACAUUUGAUGUACUUUUUCACACGGCGAUAAAUGAUUGUUGCAAAACAGAAUAUUAAAUCUGUUGUGUAAACACAGCUGUAUGGAAGAAAUGCCUGUAUGGAAGCCUAACAAGACAAUUGUGGGAAAAUAAACUAUAUAUAUAUUUAAUGUAAAAAAGAAAAUUAUAAUAAACAAUUUUACAAUUUAUUAUAAA